CUGGGAACCUGGACCCUGUUACUCCUGCUGAGCUUUUGGACUGCUCAUUGUCACUGACACUCGGCUCAGCUGUGCAGAAACAGACAGAAGAUGGGCAGCAUCUAAAUGUUUCCAUCCAUCUGUUUUGGAGACAAAUUGUUAUCUUCUCCUUCAAUAAUGAAAGUUGAGAGAGAUAAACAUAAUAAAGAGGUGGAUUUCAAUACAUUUUUUUGGGAAGCAUGAGCUAUGAAUCCAGAGUGGAUUUAAUAUUACGUGACAUGUAUAGGGAUGGAUACCAGCACUUGGACCUUCAGUGAAUCUGGAGAAGACAAUUAUGAUGACUGAGGAGUAUUGUACACUGUAUAAAAUUACAAAUCAGGCUGGUUCCUUGACUUUGGGUACAUUUUAUUUCCCUCUUCGCUUGUUGAAACCUGUGUUAACACAACUACCACUUUGAAUUGUGUUGGACGAUUUGGCUCAGGUGUGAUGUGUAGUUUUUAGAACAUCCCACGGAUACUUGUCUAGAACGGUUUCUAAGUGGCUGAGAAUCACACAUUCUAAGAAUGCACAAUACAAUUAUUUCACUGGUAAUCCUGUUUAUCAUCACUGAUUUGGGCUUUCCUUAUCCUGCCCCAGAGGAUGCCCUACACAAUGCACAGGUAAGAGUUGAUGGUUCUACCCUCAGCCAGAGUGAUUUAAAAAUUGCACAACUGUGAUAUUGAUAAACUUGGAUGAGAACUUCUGCUUUAGCCAUAUUUAUAACACCUUAAUAAGCAUCUAUGUGAACUAGGUAAGUGACACAUUUUUAAACUCAUCUUCAGGAUACAAUAUCAAUCAACCCAGAGAAGCUAAAGUAAUAAUCUUAAGAAAUAUCGGGGUUAUUAAUAAAAAGUGCUGUAUUUGCUUUUAAUGUUCUAUUUGACCUAUUUAUGCCCUUAUUUGUGCCAAAUUGGUCCUCACUGCACCUUCUGUCACUUAUUUUAUUCUUAUUUUUAGUUUAUAAAUUUGUUAGGAUCAGUGUAUGAAAAGAGAUGUAAACGUGACUUUUCUUUCUGAUAAAUGUUACCACCACUGUCAGUAUGAUGGGCUUUGCAUGACAUGUAAGGAUAUUUCAUGUUCUUUUGUUUGGUUUUUAACAAAUCCUUUAAUCUGCCAAUGUGCCUUUUCCUCUAUUACUAUUCUCAAUUUGUUUUCUUAUUUUAGGAAUUUAAUCAAAGGUAAAAUUAUGAGGAGGAAUAAAAGAAGUGGAACAAUUGAUUAUUUUAGUACACAGCAAAAAAUGGUAUUGCAUAUUUUGCAAACUUCUUAAGGGUGAUGGUUCAGGGCAGAAUCUAUUGGGAGAUAUACUUAUCUAAAGCUCGCUCAAGCAGGCAGUACCAUCCUUGUAAUGGCUACCUUCUUCAGCUCCUGGUGGCUUACCUGUAGUAAUAGUGCAACACAGAGGUCUAAGGAAAUUCGUUUGAAACCCCAGGAUAAUACAUAGAACUCCUCGCAAAUAGCUCAGGCUCCUGGGAAAUGACGAAAUAUGACAUUGACAGCUCAUCCUUUUGUCAACCUCAGCUUUGUCCAUAGGACAAAGUAUUCCCUACUUUCUAUUAAGAAAUCUAUUGAUUGUGUUAGAAUUUUCAUGAUAUUCCAACAAGGCCAAUAUGAGUAUUUCAUUUAGAUUUUAUCUUCUGAAAAUUGAGAAUUGAGCAGCGAGACUGCAGGGGCAUGACCUGUGCACCAAAACUGCUUCAUUAAGCUGCAGGUGUUUUGGUGACUAUGGUGUCCCUUUAAUAGUUACCGCUAACCCUGAAUAUGACCCCAACGCUGAAUGUUCCUUACAUGAUACAACUCUCCAGCUGCACUUCCUAACUAUAUUCAAAAUAAAUUAUCCAUUUUAUCUUAUUAAGUACUUUUCAAUCAGCUACACACAGCUUGUCUUCCUUUAGAACCUUCCAAAUGAAGCAGUUAGCUCAGUCAGAGUUUCAGCUCUUAAUGUUACAGCAGAUACGAUUGCUUCAUAGUAAUCACUGUUAUAUUGAGCUUCAGAUAUAGCGUAACAGGGAGUUACAUGACUGCUGCAGACACACUGUACACAUUUUAUGAAUCACUUGGCAUAGGUUCAGAAUCCUGCACUGCCUUUAUAUCACCACGGAGGAAAUGGUCAUCAAUCAAUCCUUUCAGAUAUAGUGAGGCAUAGUGAUAGUAUUGUUAUUUCUCAGCCAGUGAAACCAUGAAACAAGUUCACAUCAUUUCGGUAUCUGCACUCUAUCAAUCUGACCAGCAGUUGUUUUGUUCUUUAAACUGUAGCUGUUUUAUACUUGGAAACAAGUCAGUUAAAGGGCCUGUAAUGCAUUAAGAAUUCAUUAUUUUCACAGUGUAAUUGCAGGCUUUGCAAAGUGUAAUAGAAAUAAUGACAUGAAAAAAUUACUCAUUGUGACGAAAGUAACUUCGCCACUGGUUUUUGGAGGGGCCUGUAUGUCAGCCUCCUACCCUGUGACUAUGGCCCCUGCAAUAGACCUGGCUAAAAUACUUUAAACAGGCUCUAAUCGUGCAAUCAUCAUCAUGUAUAGCUUGGAGGAAAGACGAGACAGGGGGGAUAUGAUAGAAACAUUUAAAUAUAUAAAGGGAAUCAACACAGUAAAGGAGGAGACUAUAUUUAAAAGAAGAAAAACUACCACAACAAGAGGACAUAGACUUAAAUUAGAGGGACAAAGGUUUAAAAAUAAUAUCAGGAAGUAUUACUUUACUGAGAGGGUAGUGGAUGCAUGGAAUAGCCUUCCAGCUGAAGUGGUAGAGGUUAACACAGUAAAGGAGUUUAAGCAUGCAUGGGAUAGGCAUAAGGCUAUCCUAACUAUAAGAUAAGGCUAGGGACUAAUGAAAGUUUUUAGAAAAUUGGGCAGACUAGAUGGGCCGAAUGGUUCUUAUCUGCCGUCACAUUCUAUGUUUCUAUGUUUCUAUAUGGUUCAUUUACUGAACAGCCGCACAAACCGGAGACCACCCUGGAGCUUGUUAAGCUUAAUUGAUACAUUGUUGCAAUUUGCACCUCUGUGGUCUAAGUGUUCGUCUGGGUGGCCGCGAUUCCUAUGGCCGACCACGAGGUGGCAGCCAUCUUGUUCACAUGGACGAAAACCGCGAAUAGAAUUCAGGGGGACUUAGCCGUGAAUGCCCUGUAACUAUUUUCGGCAUGAAAACCUUGCGGUUCCCAGUCUAUCGUCCAGCGGCACAUAUUCGCGAUUCUAUGAAACUACUUUCGGCUAUGGGACCAUGCCUACAGUCGUUAAAAACUAUGACUUCCAUAAAAUUUCUGAACCCCUGAACUGAUCUGGGUGAUUUUUGGAUAUGUUGGUCACCCAGAUCAGGGCUAUCAGGGGAUGUAACAUUUGUGGGGUUUUAUGUACUUUAGGGUACUUUUGGGGUGUUUUAAAAAAGUAUGUUUUUUUUGUGCUUGGAGAUAAUUGGAUUAGAAUUAGUACAGUUACUGAUCCAAUUAUCUCACAAGCAGGGAGGAGGGAUUAUAUGUUUGUUAUGGGAGUGUCAGGCAUUUAAUCACUGUUCUUAUUGGUCUGUGUCUUUGUGUUGGAGUCCAUGUGGUCCAACAAGGUCCCCUUGCAUGGGGAUUGUCAUAAAAGUCCAAAUGUGGCUCCCAUUAAAUUGAGAUUCGUUUUACCCUUCAUGAAGUCUAGGCUCAUGUUUGGGGGAUUGGAAAACUACAUUCACUCUGGGGAUUGUUAUAUCACAAUACUCCCCUGGAUAUAAUCACUAGCUCUUAUAAGAGCUGUUCCUGCUAUGCUCUCUGGACUAGGAGAGGUCUACCCACUGGAAGCUGUAGCCUGGUCUUGGGUGCAGCGUGGGUGGAGGACGGUGAGGCCCCAACAAAACUGCGGUGGUUUGUGGGGUUCACGGUGGUUAUGGUGUUCCAGUGCAGUGCUUAUAGUACUUGCAAGUGCUAGGAAGCAGCGAUUGACGGAGGUACCUGGUCGGGGGCUUGGAGGCUAUUGGAGGAUUAUAAAGUGUAUUUCUAAUAAGGAAAAUCUACUUAAAACAGAUUACUGCUCUUCCAAAUGUUGUUACUAUAAGGGCCAAUAUAGCAGAGCUGAAAAAUGAGUUAAAUUGUUAAUCCAGGUACCAUAAUUACUUCAGUGAUUUAAAGUGGUCAUGGUGUCUGUAUGAAGCUCUUGUCUGAAAGUGGUCAUCUGACACUCUCAACUAAUUCAAUAAACUAGCUGCAGGAUUAGCAUGUGGCGUCUGCUGCUCUGCAGUAGCAAGUUCUCAUAAAUCUCCCUUGAACAAAGAGCAGGAGCCUGGGGGCAUCAGGUAAGAGAGCAAAGCUUCCUAAACAGUUUGCCUCAUUACUGGGCAUCUGGGCUAGGGUUAGGGUCUGUCGAUCAUAACCAGAUCGACAGAUAAUUUGAAAGACCCCUGAAAGUGACAGAUUUAGAGUGGGUCUGGUGGUCAUGGGGUGCAAGGGGACAUAAGUUUUAUUUACCUCAAGCUGACCCUGGUGGCUGCUGCCAUCUUCUUCCGGCAUGUCCUCUUCAGCUCCUGGUGUUUCAGUUGCCAGGAAAUUUAACGUGUCUAUGGAAGAUCCCGCAAGACCACAGGAAUCUCCUUAGACAAUGCCUGAAUCCUACAGUCAUCACUUGUGACAGCUUCUGGGAUUGAACAAAAGUUGACGUGGAACUCUGCCUUUUGUCAACUUUUCUUAACCUAAGGCUUGUCCAAAAGACAGAGCAGUCCCUACUUUAUUUUAUGGUAUCUUUGGAUUGCAUUGGAAUUUCAGGGAAGUUAUACCUUUACAUAACUUUGCUAUUUCUCUGUGCGUUUUACGUUAAGACCAGCAACUCUAAGGUAAUAUGUAGCUCUUCUUUCCUUGUCCUGCGUGUUGAGUUGUUUUCUAUCCUAACACUCUGUUUCAUAAAGAAUACAGUGGUACCUCAGUUUACGAAUUUAAUGUGUUCUCCGGGACGUUUCUUAUUGCGAAAAAUUUGUAAAUCAAAGCGCGGAAAAGGAUAGUUUUUAUCAUUAAAUGCUACAUUCAGAACUAAACUAAAAGAAGCAAAUCUCUUUAAGUGUCUUUGUGUCCAAUAAGUUCAUAAUGGAAAAGCCUAACGAGUAAGAGGAAGAGAAACACAAAGCCCUUAAAAAGUGUAACAAAAUUAGGGGAAUCCAAGAAGGGAGGGAAAAGUGGAGGAUAUAAAAACAAAAUCUUCCAUUCUUCUCUGACUAUUUUUUUAACUCAUAAGCAGCAAUUAAUUCCCCAAGGAACAUUUGAAAAUGAAAUCAAUCCAAGGCUUAUAUAUCUGCAGAUAACUGUCAGUAGAAACAUUCAGUGUUGCAGUCAUGGAUUUUAUGGCAUAAAUAUCUUUUACCUUCACCAUACUUUGGUGUGAGAGUAUGCAUAUUUUUCCCACUGCUUUUUUGAGAGAACAUCCUCAGGUUCUGUCUCCCACCUAGAGACAAACCAGGGAGGCACAUCAGAGACUGCCGUCAGAAUUUUAGAGUACAGAAUUGUGUGAUAUGAGACAGAGAGGAAGGUCAAUGGAAGAGACGAGUAUUAACGAAACCUAUCUAGUCUCGAGGGUAGACGGUCUAGGCACAUUGUUCAAUGUUCAUUCUACUUAUUCUAAUUACUACUCUCCUGGCAGAUUAAUGACAGGUAGAUGUUUUGCAAAAGUAUGAAUACUUAGUUCACCCUGCAUAAUAAACUAAACAAACAUAUUUUAAUAGGUGAGGUGCGUUUUGCCCAGAUCACUAGAUACUGACGAUUUGUAGGUAAAAGUUUAUGGCCUAAGGAGUUAACCUUAGCAAAAAUAGUGUACCCAGGUACUAUAUGGAGUUUGAUAGAUAAUCAAACACUGAAGAAGGAUUAACUUGCUUCAGAAUUGCUCUGCAUGUACCAGCCAUACAAUCAUGGGUGUAGGAACUGGGGGUGAAGGGAGGGAGGAAGUAUUGGAGGAAGUGCUAGAAAUAUGUGCUAGAAACUUGUCACCCCUAUAUUACAAAAUAUAUAACUCGUUUUACAUACACAAACAUGAACCUCCUUGUAUAUCUGUGCUCUGAGAUAUAUGGUUGAUAUCUUGCUAUGAGUUUAGUAGAGCCAGGACUAUGUUUUGUUGGUCGGAGCCAGACUCCAUUCCACUGAGGGCUAUUCUUUAUACACACUUAAUCAAUAUUAUAUAUAGUUAUAUUAAUGCAUAUUAUUUUUUAUUAUCUUUGUACAUGGUUCGAGUAAUAAAAAUGUAAUUGUAAAAGAAAAGUUAUAUAGAAAAUAUUCUUGGCAAUGCUCACAUUGUACCAGUUAAGGAAUGCAACUGGGCAACAUACCCAAGUACUUAACAUUUAUGGAAACGGACAUUGUAUCAGCCUAGAUAAGAUUUCCCAAGAAGUUGGAAACAUUAAAGUCUCUUAUAACAAUUCUGUACUCGGAGACUAGCAUAUCCCGUGCCAAUUUGUCAGUUGGCAACGUGAUGAAGUUUUUCCUCAGUCUAUAUAAUGAAUCUUUGCAGAAUCCAUCAUGUUCCUAUUACAUAUUACAAUCAUGUUAGGAUUUCUUCACCUCUUGAGUACAUUUUCAAUAAUGUAGACCAACUAGCUGUGUGUAUACCAAAGCAACAACACAAGAAUUAUAUAUGCCGUAUAUACUCGAUUAUAAGCCCACCCUAAUAUAAGCUGAGGCACCUAAUUUUACCACAAAAAACUAGGAAAACGUAUUGACUCGCGUAUAAGCCUAGGGUAGGAAAUGCAGCAGCUACUGGUAAAUUCUCCCCGCCCCCCGACAGACAGACACACACACACACAUACAGAGACACACACACAUACAUACAGAGACACACACACACACACAGACAGACAGACACAUACACACACGACACAUACACACACAAAACAUACAUACAAAGACACAUACAUACAAACAGACAUGCACACAUACAUUCAGACAAGACACACAUACAUACAUACAAACAAACAGACAGGCACACAUACAUACAGACAGGCACACACAUACACACAUACACACAAAGACACAUACAUACAGACAUAUAGACAGACACACACACAAGACAUACAUACAAAGACACAUACAAACAGACAGGUACACAUACAUAUUACAGACAGAUAGACACAUACAUACAAACAAACACACACACACAUAAUAUUUAAUAUAUAAUAUUUAAGUCACCCUCCUGUUGCCUACCUUUUAGGUGCAGGAGGGUUACUCAGGUUGAUGGGAGUCUGACUCCCUGUUCUUCCUCCCGCGUGGGCUCAGGGAUAGCUGGGAGGAGUGACGUGCAGUCACUUCCUCCCAGCAGUUGUGAUCUCAUCACAGGUGGCCCGGUCGCGCUGUUAAAGCACCCAGCGCUGACCGGGCCCCCUGACAAUCCAUAUCCAUUGGGUGGCCCUGACAGCAUGGGCCACCCGAUGGACCCCUUGGACGGCAGCCCCAGCAGUUUGCCGUGCGGGCGGGGGCCGCAAUUGAUGAUUGCGUCGGGUACCCGCGGUAUGUAGUGAUGAUGAUGGUGGCGGGUACCCACCGCCAUUAUCAUCACUCGACCCUCACUCGAGUAUGAGCCGAGGGUGGCUUUUUCAGCACAAAAAAUGUGCUGAAAAAGUCGACUUAUACUCGAGUAUAUACGGUAAAUGUGGCAUAUACAAGACUUCUAUAUCUAGCAUCUCAAAUAAAAUCCUGUAAGAAUGUAUCAUCCUUUUGUGAGCUUUGGUCUGAUGUGAAAAUUAGAAUGCUAUGAAUGAAUAUUCACAUAAACCACAAGCCCUUUAAUUGUACUUUAUAUUGCAUCUUGGCCAACAGUGGUUUUGGCACUCGGUUAAAGGAGACACAUUGAAAUUGAAGUUUAAUAACAUAUCACUGAAAGCCAAAAUGCAUAUGACUUGCUCAAUGUCCAGUAAAACAGACAACUUGGGGGGGCAAGAGGGGGGGGGAUAGGCGGGCACGCCUGCUAAAAAUAAACAGAAGAACUUGAAAAGAAGAUGACACAUAUAGUAUAGACUAAUCACAAAGCUUAUACUUGUAAGGAAUUGUCAAAACAAGGACCAGUUAGUUGGGCUUGUUAUUAGCUAUUCACAUCGGAUGAAUGAGUUCAACCAUGCAGCAAAAAAACACUGAUAGAUCAAUAUAAAAAGAUUACAUUAAAAAACAGAAAAUGAAUGGGAUUACCCAAAAUGAUUGCUCAUGCAUUCCAAUUUCCAGUAUUUAGCAAGCAAUCAAUAUAAAUAGAUCUCUGUUGAUAAAUUUAAGGUGGUUAAGAUUGACGGAUUUUAAAGGAUAAAUCCUUUAAAACUGUUUAACACUUACCUGCAUCCCAUGGGUGCCUCCUAUCCUGCCUUCUCUUCUGAGUUGCUAAUGAAGUUCCUACCUUUGUUUUAAUGAUGUAAAUUCUGUCUGGGUUUGGAUGGGAUGCUUUGACUGAAUCUAUCUAUAUCUAUUGUAGAAGAGGAACUUGGCAGGUAUAGUGCAGAAGAGAGUUGGAUAAGAGGUUCCCAAAGGACUUUAGUAAGUAGGAUGUGGCAGAUGCUUCCAGGGUGCUCAGUGCAUUUAGAAAGAAUGUAGACCUUUUUAAAAAAAAAUUUUUAUUGAAGUCUUAUGCUGCAGUUUUUGAAAGUUUUAAUUUUUUUUUUACAUCGGUCAACACUCAAUAUCCCAUAAUGACAAAGCAAAAAAAUGAUUUUUGAAAACUUAGCAAAUUUAUUAAAAAGAAAAAAAAUCAAAUAUCACAUUGACAUUUAAGUAUUCAGACCCUUUGCUAUGACACCUGAAAUUUAGCUCAGAUGCAUUCUGUUUCUCUUUGAGAUGUUUCUACACUUUGAUUGAAGUCCAUCUGUCACAAAUUCAAUUAUUAAACUAGAAAGGCUACAUCUGGGGAAGUCUACAAAACAGUUUCUGCUACAUGGAAAGAGAAAAGUGGCCCCAUAAUUAUGCGAUGGAAGAGGUUUGGAACAACCAGGAAUUGUUCCUAAAGUUAGCUGCCUAGUCAGACAGAGAAAUCGGAAAAGGGCCUUGGUAACAGAGAUGACCAAGAACAUUAAGGUCACUCCAUGUCAGCUCCAGAGAUCAUGUAUGGAGAUGGGAACAACUUUCGGGAAUGACAACCAUCAAUGAACACCACAUCAAUCUGGCCCUUAUGGCAGACUGGCUUCUCAUCACUGCAAGACACUCAAUAGCCUUAUUGGAAUUUGCAAAACACCCAAAGGACUGUCAGACAAUGAGAAACAAGAUUCUCUGGUCUGAUGAAACAAAGAUCGAACUCUUUGAUACACUUUCAAAGUGUCGUGUCUGGAGGAAACCAGGAACCACACAUUAUGGUGCACUACUAUCCCAAUGGUAAAGCAUGGUGGUGGCAGCAACAUGCUUUGGGGUUGUUUGUAGUGGCAGGGAUUGGAAGACUAGUCAGGGUUGAUGGAUAGCUGAGUGCAGCAAAAUCAGAUAUAUCCUAUUCCUUAAAGAAAACCUGAUUCAAAUCUCUCAUAACCAAGGACUGGGCUAAAGGUUCACCGUCCAACAGGACAAUGACCCUAAGCACACAGCCAAAACAAAACAAGAGUGGUUUGGGGACAAAGACUUAAACCCAAUCAAAUAUCUUAGGUGAGACCUGAAAAUCGCUGUCCACCGUUGAUCCACAUAUAGCCUGAAAGAGCUUGAGGGGAUUGGCAGAGAUUAAUGGAAGAAACUAACCAAACCAGGUAUGUCUAGACCAAUUUCUUUUAGUUUGAACACUAACCUUUAGUGAGGAACCGUAUCAAAAGCCUAGGCAAAAUCCAAAUAGAUCACAUUCACUGCAACACCUUGAUCCAUACUUCUACUUUGUAGAAUGCAAUUAGGUUAGUUUGACAUGACCUAUGUUUCAUAAAACCAUGCUGAUUAUUGCUAAUUCUUCACACUAAAUUCCUGAAUAUUAUUCCUUAUAACUCUUCAAACUUUUUUCCAACCACAGAAAUUAAGGUCUAGAUUUUCCAGGCAAAGAUUUUGAACCCUUUUUAAAUAUAGGAAUCACAUCUGCCUUCCUUCAAUCCUUCAGUUCAAUUGCUGAAAGCAAAAAAUCUUGAAAGAUUAAAUACAGAAGUUCACUUAUUUCCACACUUAGCUCCUCAAGUAUUCGUGGGUGAAUACUGUCCGGCCCCGGAGCUUUGUUUACAUUAACUUUCUUUAGUUUCUGAAGCACCUUGUUUUUAUUCAUCUGUUUUUUUCCUGCAAGUUCUUUCCAGCAUUCAUUUGCAUAUCUCUUGCCACAGGAUCCUCCUUAUGAUAUACUGAGAAAAAAAUAGUUAUUUAAAAUUUCUACCUUUUCCUGGUUUUCAUUAACCCACCUAACUCUGUUUUCAGUGUACCUACACUUUUUUGAUUUAUUUUUUUCGAAUUUAUGCACCUAAAAAUGUUUCUUGACAGGGGCGUAGCCUGCAGAGCACCGGAGCAGCCGCCAUUUCCAAUAGCUCCAAUAACCCAAAACGAAAUCCAAGCGCUAUCGACGAAACUAUAGUCCAUCGGCUGAAACAAACUACGGACACCAACUCAGGGGACUCUGCUGAAUCUGCAGAUGCCUUUCUUCCAAACCCCGGGCACAAAACGCUGCAUCAAAGGCAUUGGGGCCUACCGCGCGAACGCCCACCGGCAGGAUCUGGCCUGAGAGUUGGUAGCGUGGCUUAAGACGGGCUCACAACAUGCAGAAUCAGACUUCCACAUUCCAGACGAAAUGGAACGGAGGUCCCAAAAACCGACCCCACGCACACCCAAGCCACAAUUGGACAUAGGCAUCAUGCUACUAUCCCCUACACUGGCACGGACCCAGGCCACCAUGGACGCCUCACCCACUAAGUCUGAAGAGGAGAACUCCAUGCACAGCAUGGCCACAGCCAACACAGACAGAGAAAACCCAUAGACCACAGGAGAAUCAGCCCCAGCUACCAUCAGGAUAUUCACAACAUGCUGGCUGGACUCCAACACAACUUACAGCAAAUGUGGCAGGCAGACCUGAAGGGGCUUGCAGCAGAGGUACAGGUGGUGACAGCCCACACUCAAGCCGCGGAAGGGGAGGUGAGAUCUGUGACAAGAUCUAAACGCACUGAGAGAUACAGUUACCCAGAUGCAAACUACACAGACCACUAUCACCAGGCAAAUUAAUGUGCUAGAUGACAGGGGCAGGAGGAAGAAUGUUAAGAUCAGGGGGUACCAGAAUCGGUACUGCUGGAGGAACUCCCCAAUUUCAUAAGGUGCUUAGUGGCCUCGCUCCUACCCAUCAAACAAGCAAAACACUUUUGAUGGCGUGUAUCGGAUUGCCAAAUCACUGCGAGCUCCAAAGGCGGUGCCCUGCGACCCCAUCUUAAAAUGCCAAACUCUUACAGAUAAAAUAGCCCUAAUGGCUGCUAUUAAAGGAAAAAACCCCUACAACUUUGAAAUGCAUCAAAUCGCUUCUUCUAAGACCUGAGCAGGGAUACUCUAUCAUGGCACAAGAGCAUGCAGCCCAUAACCACCAUCCUACAAUCAGCAGGACUCACUUACAGGUGGGCAACCCCUAGAUCGAUCUGGGUAACCAAGGACGAUAAAUCCUACAAGGUCUCUGACCCGGGAGAGGGUCCUGCCUUACUUGCCACGUUGGGACUGUCCAACAGUACCACAGGACUACCUAACACACAACCUGGGACCAUGACCUGAAGCCUAAGCCGACCACACAAGCAUUCUUUUGUUAUAGUUAUUGUUGUUUAUGUUGUUCCUUCUUCCUAGCAUAUAUAAUCCAAAGUUAAAAUCUCUCAGUACGCACAGUACUCCUCUCACUGAUGCCGAAGCAUUAUCCAAUGGUAGAACCACCCAAGCCUACACUGGCUGGGUAAUAUAAGUUAGCUCUGGGGUGCGCGGCAUCCCCCCUCCCUCCUCUACCCCCCCAAUGCCCUUAAGGGAUUAAGUAAACCAGCACAGGAGUGUUCAGUCGAUACUAAAAGUGUGCCUCCUACUGACAGGUAUCCCAUAGUCAAUACCUGAAGCGGACCACUGCUCUCGCUCUCCUACACCCCUAGGCCAGAACAGAACAAACCACUACCACACUAGCAAUACACUCGACCUAGCCGAAACUAUCGAACCAACUAUUUGACCCAUAGACAUGACUUAACAUAGGCCCAGAAUGAUAUGAGUAAUACCCACUACACCUCUUAACAUAAGACGCCCUAAACUGUAAAUGGUCGUCCUCGCAGGUGGUACCUUACCCGCGUCUUGUCUCUACCACUGAACGCCCCCGCCCAACCAUGUUGAGCCCAUUUGAACAGUAAAAGCGCAUAGAUCUGGAUAGAUCCCUAUGACUGCCUAGGCCACCUCAUAAAAGUGCAAACUGUCUAUAAGCCAUGUAUGAAUUGCACCCUAUUGACUACCUGUUUAUGUAUUACUAUGUUAUAUGGCACUACGGAUAUCUUAUGACUUAACAUUAUGCACUUAAAACAAAAAUAAAGAAUAUAUAUAUAUAUAUAUAUAUAUUAUGUUUCUUGUGGGAUCUCUGCAUCAUGUCAAUGUUAUCUUGAAAAAACAAUGAAUUGCGCUUGAACAAACUUGAAACUGGAAAGAUUAAGGCAUUUAAUUGAGGUUUCGUGAUUCUGACAGAAUGAUAUCGGACAUUAUGGUUUGUUGUUUUAAGAUUCACAUAUGAGAGCUGACAUCCUUCUCAGGAAAUUCUCUCCUUUGUUUUAGUUUUAAAAUGUAGAAAAACAAGACUAUAAUAUUGAAUUGUGUUUGGCUCUUUAAUUACGUUCCUCAUCAUCUUACAGGAAAGUGUUCAUUUCCUCUGUCUAUACCAAUAUCCUGAUAACUAAUAGGCGAGACAUUGCUAUUUUUAUAGUUGACUUAAUAAAACAGAUGUGAAAUAAAAGGGAAACUCCUUUGCUUGUUGUUUUGUUAUUUUGAAGGACCCAGGUUAUUUUCAGGUAGUCUAGUUACUAUGAGUUUAUGUAUAAACCCACCCAUCUGAGAGCUAUAUUUUACAGGGGAAUUUGUUUAAUACAAACACACACACCAUCAAAGGAACAGUUAGCAUUCCUGGGUCUUGAAAAUAAAACUUUAUUUGUCUAUUGGUCGAAGUUUCAGUUUGAAAUUAAAACUUUCAUCAGGACCAUAUACAUUAUUGAAUGCUUUACUCUAUGCUGAUAAUUAAUAUACCAACCAAUUUCUGAUUCAUAAUUAUUUUCUUUCUUUUGUGUGGAGAUUUUUUUGCGUUUUUCUUUAAAUAUUAAUUUCAAUUGGAGUGCUUCAUUUAGGUUUCAAAAGCAUGGAAUAUUUUCCUCUCUAGUCACAUAAAACAUACAUACUGUGCUACAUAGAAAUAAGAAUUUGUGUGUUUUCAAGGCGCUUUCAGUUAAUAAUUGAAUAGAAUGACAGCAGCUACCACACAAAUAGGGACUCUCUACCCUAUAGAUUAGUACAAAAAAAGAUUAGGUGUACACUCAGUAUUGGAAAUUAAUGAUAAAAACCACCACUCGUGUGCAUAUGGAGCGCUUACAAAUUUGUUGACUCACCCAUAUGGGUUAACAUACAUAUGUAUGGAAAACGUGACUCAUAGCGAUAUAUCUGAAACAAAUGUAAAUGCAAGAAAUAGUGCAGAUAACGUUUUCAAUAUGUGCAAUGAGGGAAUAUUCUAUAUGGUCUCACUCACAUGUAGCAGAGCCCUAUAGGAUAGGCUCAGAUCUCAAUGGCCUCCGAUUGAAAAAGCUGUCUGGGUACAGUGAAACAUGUUUCGGCUGGAGGAUUGAAGAUUCCACAUUUUAUAAUUUCUCACAAUUUUGUUUAUAUUUUACUUGUAAGUUUUUACUACUUUAUUUAAUAAAUUUUGUUUUAUAUUUGGAAUCCAUCCUCCAUUGUUGCUGCUUAAAGAAGGGUAGUUGCCCCCUUAAAGGCACAGACACCUACACACCAGGAGCCAGGUAUAGGGCUCCACAUCAGGUGAGAAGCCACUUUUUCUGCACUAUUUGACACUGUACAUUGGGAUUGACCGCACUAGGGGUUCUCCUCUUCCCCUUGUUUUCUCUCUCUCUCUCAUGUAUGCAUAAGGAUCUCCAGACGCCUAGAGGACCGAUUGGGUACUGUGUCACCAUAAGCACACGCAGCCAUUGAGAUCUGAGCCUAUCCUAUAGGGCUCUGCUACAUGUGAGUGAGACUAUAUAGAAUAUUCCCUCACUGCACUUAUUGAAAACGUUAUCUGCACUAUUUCUUGCAUUUACAUUUGUUUCAGAUAUAUCGCUAUGAGUCACGUUUUCCAUACAUAUGUAUGUUAUAUGGCAUACGGAACUCCAUAUGCACCUCUUGUGGUACUGCACUUAUUUGAAUGAACGAAAAAUUUAUCAUUUAAUUAGGGUGACUGAAAAUUAUCAAUGUUUGUUUUUUAAGCACAUUUAUCCUUCUCAUUUGAAAAUGUAGAAAAACAAGAUAUGAAUCGCUUACAGGAAAGUGUUCAUUUCCUCUGUCUAUACCAAUAUCCUGAUAACUAAUAGGCGAGACAUUGCUAUUUUUAUAGUUGACUUAAUAAAACAGAUGUGAAAUAAAAGGGAAACUCCUUUGCUUGUUGUUUUGUUAUGUUGAAGGACCCAGGUUAUUUUCAGGUAGUCUAGUUACUAUGAGUUUAUGUAUAAACCCACCCAUCUGAGAGCUAUAUUUUACAGGGGAAUUUGUUUAAUACAAACACACACAUCAUCAAAGGAACAGUUAGCAUUCCUGGGUCUUGAAAAUAAAACUUUAUUUGUCUAUUGGUCAAAGUUUCAGUUUGAAAUUAAAACUUUCAUCUGGACCAAAUACAUUAUUGAACGCUUAACUCUAUGCGGAUAAUUAAUAUACCAACCAAUUUCUGAUUCAUAAUUAUUUUCUUUCUUUUGUGUGGAGAUUUUUUUUUGCGUUUUUCUUUAAAUAUUAAUUUCACUUGGAGUGCUUCAUUUAGGUUUCAAAAGCAUGGAAUAUUUUCCUCUCUAGUCACAUAAAACAUACAUACCGUGCUACAUAGAAGCUUAAAAUUAUUUACAAUAAAAAUCCAACACAGACAGAAAAAUCAUAGGGUAAUAUUGUACACACAAUAAUAUAAUUAGGGGUGAGUGAAAAUCACUAAUAAACCAAUGUUUGUUUAUAGGCACAUCAAAUUAAUCAACUGGUCAAGUGUGAUGUCUUCUUACCAUCGGAAGCACAUGUAGAGGAAAGGAACAAUUAACAUAGUGCAGAUCUUCUCUAUGCACAUACUGCAUUAAUACAAAUCACAGUUACAAGAUAAAAUCACAAACAGAGCACAUCAGCCACAGAGACAGAACACAUAGAAAAUUGGUCACAGAGAAAAGUUCCAGUUGUGUCUUCGGUGAUCCAGGAAAAAGCUCUUCAUCCUACCCAAAUGUAAACUAAUAUGCAAUACAAUAAAAUAAAAUGAAAAAGAAAUCACAGAUUGCGCUCACGAGUACACACUAUGCUUGAACUUCCUCAGGGGAAAAAUGGAGCAAUCCUCUCCUCGAGUUGGCGUGUCCCACAAACAUACUGUGUUGUAUGACAAAGGCUAUUGUUAGCAGAACAAUCCAAAGUUGGUAAUUAUUGUGUUCUUUCAGACAGGAGAUAAUAUAUAGUUGAGUGUAGUGCAUGGUGUUACAUGUCUUGGAAAUUUUGAAGACUUAAUAGAUUGAGUACAACUAUUAUACAAAAAUAUCUAGUUGUCAAGAGUAGCUAUAAGCAAGUUGUUUUUUUAAAAUGAAUUUCUCUAUAUAUUAGCAGUUUGGUUUGUUGUAUAAGAUAUGUGUUUACAUUUUUAUUUGAACUGUAAUGUUCUCCUGCCUGCAUUUUCAUCUAUGUGGAAAAUGAGGUAAUUUGGGUGCCAAAUACUAUAUUAGGACAUUUGUAUUAAUGAAUAUCUUACUACAUCACAGAGAAGUAAAACGUCAAGUUAUAACAUAUGUUUUUGUCAUACUUAAUACUCUUUCUAGGUGUUUUUGGAGAAGUAUGGUUAUACUGAAAAAGAGAAAAGAGAUGCUAACUUGGUACAGCUUGAAGCAGCAGUAAGGUAAUAAUGGCUGGAUAAUUCUGUGUAUCUACUAGACAAAUAUAUUAAUUAUUCUGCCACAAUUUCACAGGUUUUUACAGUUGUACAUUAUGUAACUCAUUGCCUCUGGAGUAUUAUGUGCUUAUUUUUUUAUUUUUAUUUUUUAUUCUUUAUUUAUAGCGUGCAAAGAAAUAACAUAGUGUUCAGUAAGCCACAACAGCCUCUGCACACAGAUUGAUAACAAGACAUACAAAACAGGGUUAUGGCAUUCGUACAUAUCGCACAUUUUAAAUAUUUUAUGGUAGCUUAGAUUUCAGGCUAACUAGUAGAUGUCUGGAGCUACUGUUAAGGGAGAGUGGCUGACCUUUGCAUAAACAUAAGCAUGUGGCUAAUCAUUGUAAGGUAGUACUGUGAGUAAAGUAAGAGGAGAUGCAUAGAGCUGUUAGCUAAUAUAGACAUGCUGAGUUGUUAUGCUGAACCAUAGUGUAAGUGAGCCACUGGGUACCGGUAGCAAUUUUCUUGGGUGGAGGUAGCUCCGUUUUGCCCAAAGAGCAUAAGAAAACAAAACAGAGACAACAUAAGCGAGAACAGAUAAAAAAAAGGACACAGGUACUGCGUCACGACAGCCCUCUUUUGCCACACUUCAGUAGCCUUAACACAGUAGAGAGCAGUAAAGCAUUUUUUGUUUAUGGUAGUAAACAUUUAGCGAGUUGACAUAAUGCUACACUUAGUGCUUGUUGCAGGUAAGAGUGCGCUGUGGUAUGUUAUCUUAUAUUUACAUGUUACGUUAAGUAAUGUAGGGCGUGAUAAUGGUACCAAGACCGUGGGCCUAGGAGAGUGACCUAGCCCUGAGGGUCUUAUGUAAGGAAGCAGUGGUCCUGUCUUACACUUAGGCAAUGCUGUGGUCAGUCGGGUGUGUUGAUUGUCGAUUUACACUCAAUUACCCCAGGGUGUUGGGGGGGGGGGUGAGCGGAGGGGAAACUCCGGUGUCUGUGUCCUCUAAUCAGGUCCCUUUGAGGGCUGUUCAUGCUCCCUGAACAGGAUAUGUUGUCAGGUGCGUCUAGGAGUUCUUCCUCAGAGGAUGUAUAAUAUGCGUCUGUUUGUGGCGCCAUUUUGGGCCUAGGCCGCGGCUGAAGGAGGUCAGCAAUAUCGCGGGAUCCGUUCCCGGUAAGGGUUUUUAGCUUUUUCGCCUUCUUCCCCAUUGUGAGCGGUAUUGUUUGACCCGGUCCCGGGCUGAUUUAGGGUAAGUAGGUGCCCCAGUACUUGCUGUUUAUUAUGCCCGCCGCGGGAGCUAUGUGCUUAUUUUGCCUUUACUAACUUUCUGUUCCUACAUUUACUCACACAUACAUACAUACACUUAUUAGCCACACUAUUAAAUCUAAUAUGGUGUAGGUCCCCCUUGUGCUGCCAAAAGAGCUCUGAUGUGUUGAGGCAUGGACUACACAAGACCUCUGAAUGUGUCCUGUGGUAUCUGGCACCAAGAUAUUAGCAGCAGUUCAUUUAAGUCCUGCAAGUUGCAAGGUUGGACCUCUAUGGAUUGGAUUUGAUGUUCCAGUACAUCCCUCAGAUGUUCAAUCACAUUGAGAUCUGGAGAAUUUGGAGAUCCUUGAGCUCUUUGUCAUAUUCCUCAAACCAUUCCUGUACAAUUUUUGUAGGGUGCAUUAUCCUGCUGAAAGAGGCCACUGCCAUGAAGAUGUGUAUGUGGUCUGCAACAAUUGCUAGGUAGGUGGUACUUGUCAAAGUAAGAUCCAUAUGAAUGCCAGGACCAAAGGUUUCCCAGUAGAAUAUUGUCCAGACCAUAAAACUGCCUCCACUGGCCUGCCUUCUUCCCAUAGUGCAUUCUGCUGCUAUCUCUUCUCAGGUAAACAGCUCACAUACACCUGGCCAUCCACCUCAUCCAAAUGAAAAUGUGAUUCAUAAGACCAGGCAAUCUUAUUCUAUUGCUCUAUCGUCCAAAUUUAAGGUUCACAUUCCCAUUUAAGGCACUUUCAGCAUUGGACAGUGAUCAUCAUAGGCUCUUUGACCAGUCUGCAACUAUGCAGCCCCAUAAUCAGCAAACUUCAAUGCAUUGUGUGUUCUGACACCUUUCUAUCAUGACCAGCAUUCAGUUUUUCAGCAAUUUCAGCUACAGUAGCUCUUCUGUGUGGCUGGACAAGACUGACUAGCCUUCGCUCCCCAUGUGCAUCAAUGAGCCUUGAGCACCCAUGACCCUGAUGCCGGUCACUGGUUGUCCUUCCUUGAAUCAAUCUUGUCAGGAACACCCCACAAGACUUGCAAUUUUGGAGAUGUUCUGACCCAGUCAUUUAGCCAUCUCUACUUAGGCCUUGUCAAAGUCACUCAGAUCUUUUCAUUUUCCUGCUUCCAACACACAAUUCAGGAACUGACUGUUCACUUGGCAGGUGCCAUUGUAAGGAUAUAAUCAAUGUUAUUCACUUCACCUGUCAGGGGUUUUAAUGUUGUGGCUGAUCAGUGUAUGUGUGCAUAUAGGUACCAUUUAAUGUGAACACACACUUGGGGGAUAACUACUAAUAUAAACUAAUCUUAUAUCAUGCUAACUUCUAAGACCAUGUAGGCGUUUUCCUUGAGCCUUCUAUCUCCAGCUGAACCCCAGUUCCUGAUUGAUAGGUCUAUACCCACAAAGCUGAUUGGGUGUUAGCAUUGCAGCAGGUUUCACCCUAUUAAAGGAAAACUAAAUUGUUAGGAAUACAAAGCUGUAGGAAAGCAUAGAAUCAGUGCUUUCCUGUGGGGAUUUAGAAGACGCUGGACGUGCUAAUGCAAAGCGCGAGGAUGUCUAGCGUCAUUUCAUGGAAGCAGUUUUCACCCUGCAAAGAAAACAUUGCAGUUUCUCUAAAACAGCAGUGUUUUCUGCUGAAGGGUUAAGAGGACAUGGACAGUGCAGUUAGAUGAAGUGGACUGGGUGACUAUAGUGUCCCUUUAAAGCUUUUAGUUUUCCUCCACAUUCUCCCUACAAAUUUUAACAUCACAGAUACUGGUCUGAAGGUGAGCACAUCUAACAUACAUAACAUAACAUAGAUUUGUCCAAAUACUAAAUGUGUAGCAGUGAUCAUCAGACAAUAGUGCGUAUAUCCUUUUGGAUGGUAUCAUGUUCCAUGUUUCCUUCUGAUCUUAUAGCGACCGUAAUGGACCAGAGUCCCUUUAAUUAGGAAUGUUUAGAGAAUAUGCAUCCCGUUGGACAGCACUUUUUAUUUUUAGCUGCAGCUUUUGGUGCUGGCACUAGAUUUAGAUCGUGCCAGCCUCCAACAGCCUUUAGCUAUUCAUGAAACAAAACAUAAAAUUUAUAAAUAGCACACAGUGAGAAAAAAAACCAAGACAAAAAGCUCUAACAGUGCACCCUGAGUUCAUGGUUCUGCAAUGUCAUGUGUAGUGACUCAGAGCCUAGACUCCAGGUCAAUCAUCAAACCCUAUAAAUUGAGUUUGCCCUAAAGAUGUGUCUGAUUCUCCUAAACCAUCACAGUCUUGUUUGAAUGCUUUUCUGUUUGCUUGAAUCUAUCUAGUCUGUGUUAUAAUUCUGUCUCUCAUUUAGAGAUCUCAUUUAGCUUUUCAACAUUUAAGCCAAGAUUAAGCCUGAACAAGCAUAGCAGGGGUUUCUUGUCUUCUCAUCUUUUGUGCUGGUGGAACAGGGAAUGAUUGUGUGGAUGGUGGGUCAACAUUCUUUCCAGUGUAGAAGAAUUGGUCAUGGUACCUUUUAAACAAUACGACUCUGCAGCACACUGUGACUGGCGAGCCAGCUUUAUAUUUCUAUAAUAGCAUGCCUGCUUUAUAUUAUAAUCAAACUGCCACACAUUCCUUCUCUAUGGACUACAAGAUGCGCUUCAAUUCCUAUCCCAUAAUUGUCUUAGAUAUUUUAUUUCAAUUCAUCCUCCUACUUAAUGAAAAAUCCACUUACAGGUUGCUGUAUUUUGCAGCUGGUGAUUUCAACCCUGACUCCGGACCCCUUCUGAUCCCUGCUAAUCUCCCAACUGCACUAAUGAUUAAACAUUCUCUAAUUGCAUAUCUGUACAUCUUACAGAACUCUACCCCUUCUCAAAUAUGUACACCUGAUCAUUAAUAUCCCUAAGGAAUUCCUUGUUCUCAUUGUUUGACAUGACCUGCUCUCCCUUCUCUAUUAUCCCACUCCUAAAGGAACACUAUAGCGUUAGGAAUACAAACCUGUAUUUCUAACGCUAUAGUGUCCCUCUCGUUAAGGUCUAAAUAGGUCGUCCUCCCAAUUGCCAUAAAAGUUUGAAAAGGGUAAGUUUUACUCACCCUUUUUGGCCCUCUCCAGCGUAGUACAAUCCAAUGCUGCUCAAAGAGGAGAAUUUGGGACCUAUGCGUGGCGAGUGAAUCAAUGCUUUCCUGUGGGCUUCUAUGUCAUGUGAACGGGUUUUACUCUGCCAAUGCAGUGGAAGCUAGUGGCGUUCAUACCACUAGGGCAGUGGUGUAUCCUGGUUUUGUGCUUCCCUAGGCAGGACAAAACUUUUAGCUGCCUGCACAACCCCCACCCAUCCCUUCCCCCCGCCCGGCGUUCUAAAUACACACACACUGACAGAUACGCAUACACUAGCUAACAGAAACACACACUCACUGACACACACAGACACACACACACACACUCACUGACACACUCACACACAGUCAGACACACACACACACAAACAAACAAACAAACACACUCACUAACAGACACACACACUCACAGGUAAGCACACACUCACUAACAGACACUCACUAACAGACACACACUAGCAGACACACACACUCACAGGCAAACACACUCACACUAACAGUCAGACACACACACACUCACUAACAGACACACUCACUAACAGACACACACACUAACAGACACACUCACACACACACUAACAGACACACACACUAACAGACACACUGACUAACAGACACACUCACACACUCACAGACAUACACACACUCACUCACAUUAACACAUUUUUUUUUAAGCACCCCCCCAGCUUCCUUACUUUUGGGAGUGCUGGGGGGGGAAGGGGUUCUCUAUCUCCCUGGGGGUCCAGUGGCUGCUGGACGGGCGGACGGUGUUGGCAGGCGGCUGACGAGGGAGUACUUCCCCUGAGCACUCUGCUCAGCUCCCUCGCGCGCCUCACAGUGAGGCUGGGAGCCGGAAUAUGAGGGAGCUGAGCAGACCGUUCAGAAGAAGAGCUCCCUCGCCAGCCGCCCGCUGGCCCGCCCAGCCCAGCCCAGUAUGUUAGUUAGCCGCAAGGCUAACAAGGCAUUUGCCCUCGGCAUUUGGGGGGGGCGGCUUUUUUUGCCGCCCCCUGGAAAAUGCCACCCAAGGCAAAUGCUAAAAUGUCCCUCCACUAGGGUGGACUUAAGCAUGCGAUGUAAAUAUUGCAGCUUCUCAAAAAUCCAUUAUAAAGUGAUUUGGAUGACUAUAGUGUUCCUUUAAGGUUCUUUCUAUCUUUUUGACAUCCCAUAAUAAGGUGCACCACUAUCUUAAUAAUUAAAUAAUUCACUCUGAUGUAACACCACUAUCUCAAAAUGCACUCUUGUCUCAGAGUCUUGUGUCACAUUCUGAGAAGCUUUAGCUAUCGUUUAUUUUCUAAAUGUGAUUUCUUUCCAACACCUUUGAUAAUUGAUAUUAGGCCUUAUCUCUCACAUGCCCCACUCUUUUAUCUAACACCUUCACUUGUAGUUUUACAAACUCAUUAUUAGUAGAAAUUCCUGUCUUUGGUGUAAGCUCCUUCGCAGAUUUAUUGGAAAAUGCACUACAGGUUUUCUAACACACUCACACACUCACAGACAUACACACACUCACUCACAUUAACACAUUUUUUUUUAAGCACCCCCCCAGCUUCCUUACUUUUGGGAGUGCUGGGGGGGGAAGGGGUUCUCUAUCUCCCUGGGGGUCCAGUGGCUGCUGGACGGGCGGACGGUGUUGGCAGGCGGCUGACGAGGGAGUACUUCCCCUGAGCACUCUGCUCAGCUCCCUCGCGCGCCUCACAGUGAGGCUGGGAGCCGGAAUAUGAGGGAGCUGAGCAGACCGUUCAGAAGAAGAGCUCCCUCGCCAGCCGCCCGCUGGCCCGCCCAGCCCAGCCCAGUAUGUUAGUUAGCCGCAAGGCUAACAAGGCAUUUGCCCUCGGCAUUUGGGGGGGGCGGCUUUUUUUGCCGCCCCCUGGAAAAUGCCACCCAAGGCAAAUGCUAAAAUGUCCCUCCACUAGGGUGGACUUAAGCAUGCGAUGUAAAUAUUGCAGCUUCUCAAAAAUCCAUUAUAAAGUGAUUUGGAUGACUAUAGUGUUCCUUUAAGGUUCUUUCUAUCUUUUUGACAUCCCAUAAUAAGGUGCACCACUAUCUUAAUAAUUAAAUAAUUCACUCUGAUGUAACACCACUAUCUCAAAAUGCACUCUUGUCUCAGAGUCUUGUGUCACAUUCUGAGAAGCUUUAGCUAUCGUUUAUUUUCUAAAUGUGAUUUCUUUCCAACACCUUUGAUAAUUGAUAUUAGGCCUUAUCUCUCACAUGCCCCACUCUUUUAUCUAACACCUUCACUUGUAGUUUUACAAACUCAUUAUUAGUAGAAAUUCCUGUCUUUGGUGUAAGCUCCUUCGCAGAUUUAUUGGAAAAUGCACUACAGGUUUUCUAAGCCUCCUUUCAUCACUCUGUAGUAAUGAAAACCAGGGAUCUGACUCACCAAAUCAGUUUUACAUUCUGUCCUUCGGAGAGAUCACACUGGUGUUUCCACAUAAUUAUGAUUUUCAGAGCAGUGCCUCUGCUUUAUGCCAAGUUUUACCUGAGGACAGAGAACAGAUGUGUCUUUGGCAGAGAUACAAGAUGUCAGAAUAAAGGUGCAUUCUUUGGCCAGCUGUGCGUGGUUGGAAGGGUCCUGACAUGGGAAGAUAUUUGAUUAGGGUUGAAAGCUGACAGGGCGCAUGUGUUAGCUCUUUCCUGCUAGGACAGAGAGAGUUUGGAUGAUUUAUAUAAAGAACAGAAUAAAAAACAAGUAAAUUCAGAUUUAAAAGAACUGUCAACUGCAGACCAUUAAUAAUAAAGUGAAGCCAACUAUGAUUUUAUUUAUUAAACUUUACAUUUUAUAUCUGUACAGAUUUUCGGUAUCAAACUUUGCAGAAUGUCCUCCUCUUGUAAUACAGUAUAAUUGUCUGGAAAUGUGUGGUGCUUGCUACAUAUUUCCCUGGUGACUGGAUACUAAAUCCAUUGAGCUCCAUGUGAAAAGGCUUUGGUUCCACCAUUUAAGGAUAGGAUGGAGUUAAUCUCCCUAAACCAUUGUUUUCCCCUCUUUGUAAAUCUACCCUUAUUUGUCAUCCACUACUAGUAAAGUACUAAGUAUAAUAGCUUAUUAUGUAGCUAUCUCCUCUUGAUAAGUUGAAAAUAUGUGGUAACUUUGUGUUCAGAUCACAUAGACACAACCAUUCUUCUUGUCCCAAUUUAGAACUACAUUUGUGAAAAUAUAAACAUAGAUGUGUUGUGUUUUCUUGUGCCAUGUUCUAGAAUAGUGCACAAUGUAAGGUUAUAUAUUUAUAAAACAAUUGAAGUGAGGUCUAAUUUCUUUCGUUAAAGUGGCUGUAUAACUACCCUCAAAAAAAUUGUAUUUCAUAAAGAUAAAAAUCUUUCUUAAAUACUUAAAUUGACUGUGUUGGAAUUUCACCAUCAAGUUUUAUAAUUUCCUCCAGCUGUCACUAGUGACAGCUGUGAGGAAAAAGUUAUUGUCUAUGGAGGCUCCCGCAGCCUCGCAAGGUCCCCUAUAGAUAUCAGAUUUGCAUGCAUGAGAGUACAGCACUGAUGUGGACUCCUGGCAAUUUGAUGCUCCAGAGUUGAAUAGGACCUACUGGAUAGAAAGGGCAGUGACUGUGAGGGACAGGUUCAGGUACGCAAAAUAUACCUUCCCCUGCACCCCUGGGCCGCCAUAGUCUCAGAGAAACUAUGGUAUAAAAGCUAUUAUACAUUUUCCCGCUGUUUACAUUUUUAAAUUCCUCACUUCUCUCUGACUACGGUAAGUUAUCUACCAAGUUAUCUAUGACUGGUUCAAAAAAAUAAUCACAGAAUUAUGACAUGUUAAACUGAUGCGACUAGGGAACGUGCUCCUCAGUCCAUAUUCUGCUAAUCUACUCAUAGAAAUAUUUCUAAUUCAACUGAUAUUGUAUAUUGCACACAAAGCCCACAAUCACUACUAAAAUAGCACGUUUCAAAAUGCCCACUGUUUUUAAAAUAGCUCUAAUGGUGCUCUAUUAAUAACAGAGCAUCAUUACAGUGGCAUCAAACAAAUGUAUAAUUUAAAAUGCCAACAUUGAGAAGUAAUAACUGCAGUUCUGUACUGUGCCCCACUGUCUUUACUACAAACUUUAACUCAUUGGAUAGAUGCAUUUGCCCAACAAUGUGCACAAUCUUCACAAACAUUGAAUAGGGUGCAUAUGAGCAUAUCAUGUCCUGAUGAAGCCGUCUGAGAAUGGCGAAACGCGUAGGCAGAAGCGUGAGCACGUAAAGGAGGGGGCGGAGCCUGAUCACAAGCCGGGAACAUUGAAAGGCAACUAUUGAAUAUUCAUCUACUACCCGGAUCUCGCUAAUAGGAAUCCCCCCGAACUCUCUGCACAGGAGAGUGUGGGACAGCUUUGUUGUGAGUAACGGGAACAUAAAGCGUUUUACUCACCAUCGUUUCUAGUAAGCAGCAAUCUGUUUACAUUGCUAUUUUAGCUGUAUUUUAUUAUUUAUUAUUCUGAUUUUAAGCAUAGUGUAUUGUAAUACAAAUAAAUUGUUACUUUAAUAUCCAGCUGAAUAAGUAAAUGUAUGUGACAACCAGCACUAUUUAAAGAGUGCAAACAAUCCAUACAGAUCUGUACUAUGAUUUUCUUAAUUCCUUUUACAUGUUACAUAUGAAUUUGAGUAUCAUCCAGUGAGGAGUAUAAGUAUUCUCUUUUUUUAUAUAUUUUUGCUGCAUGGUGGAAGGGGCUUAUCAUCUUUAUAUUGCUCCACUUCUUAAUAUUGUAUUUAGAUAUCAUGUAUGUGGUGAAGGGAACACUUUGAAGUGUGGUAGCUGUAAUUGAUUAAAUACUUGUAAUAGUACAUUUAUAAAGUUUAUCAGAAACUUUUGCCCCUAUAGAGCCUGUGUAUAUUUAGUGCUCUGGUAUUAUUCAUUUACUUUAAGGUUAUAAACUGUUUGAAAACAGGUAACUCAUUCAGGUAAGAAAAUGCCCAGGGAACUCCUGGCACCAUAACAAAUUAAUUUUGAUUAAGUUGUUAUGGUACUUGGAGUGUUCCCUAAAUAAUAAUUAUUAUAUUUCGUCGUUCUAGUAUUAAAGGGACACUCCAGUGCCAGGAAAACAAAUCGUUUUUCUGUCACUGCAGGUCCCCUCUCCCUCCCAACCCUUAUCCCAUGUUGCUGAAGGGGUUAGAACCAGUGCCAUGUCGCUCGGCGCUGGUUUAGGGUCCAUCCACGCUCCUCCCCCACCGACGCCAUCUGGCGGGGGUGACCGAUUGCGCAUGUGCGCCGCCAGCGGGGGAGACCUAAUGCGCAUGCGUGGCAAUGCCGCACGUGCGCAUUAGACCUCUCCAUAGGAAAGCAUUGAAAAUGCUCUUAGUGCUUUCCUAUGGGGAUUUUAGCGACGCUGGAGGUCCUCACAUAGUGUGAGGACGUCCAGUGACGCUAUAGCACAGAAAACAUGUGCUAGAAACCAGGAAGUGCCCUCAAGUGGCUGUCUAUUAGACAGCCACUAGAGGAGUUAACCCUGCAAUGUAAUUACUGCAGUUUAUGAAAACUGCAAUAUUUACAGUUCCAGGGUUAAGGGUAGUGGGAGUUGGCACCCAGACCACUCCAAUGUGCAGAAGUGGUCUGGGUGCCUGGAGUGUCCCUUUAAUAUUUAUGGAUUAUGGUUCAUAAUGAAGACUCCAAAGUAUUUUUUACCUUAAAAUAAAAUUGAGACCUUAUAUUCAUGUUUUCUUUUAUUAUAUUCUGGGGUUACAGACAUUACCAGUGGUUAUCACACCUUCCAGUUAGUGGUCAUCUUGAUGUACGUACAGUGCUCCAGAUGAAUGAGCCACGUUGUGGUAUGAAGGAUAUAAGCCAAGCAAGAUGGCUGGAACAGUUCAAUGGACUGGUCAAUCGAAAACGCAAGAAGCGUUACACUCUAAAUAGUAAGUGGGUUGCAUAUUCCUGUGAAAACUAAUUUAAUUGAUGGAAGUAUUCUAUUGACAUCAAAAUAGGGAUUCUUAAUUAAAAUGAAAUAAUUAAUGUCCUAAUUUGUUCUCUCUCUGUUUCCUACCACUUUCCCUCCUAUCUGACUUAUUUCUUCUCUCAUCCUCUUGUUCUUCAAAUAUUACAUUUCUGAUUGGAUUCACAAUUACCCAAAUUAUUCUAAAUAUUUUACUUAUAACAUUAUUUUUAUUUUUUUUACCAAAUUCCUUUAUUUGUCUGUCUGCAGAAAUGUUUUUUCAGGUAUUUCAGCAUUUUCCCAUUUCUAUAGUUAUUUUUUUCUUCAAAAACUGUAAAAAAAUUUAGAACAACUUUUUUUUCCUGUCUGUCUCUCUUUCUUUUUCUUUCUUUCUUUCAUUCUUUUUUCUUUCUUUUUUUCUUUCUUUUUUCUUUCUUUCUUUCUCUCUCUUUCUCUCUCUCUCUCUCUCUUUCUCUCUCUUUCUCUCUCUUUCUCUCUCUUUCUCUCUCUCUUUCUCUCUCUCUCUCUCUCUCUCUCUCUUUCUCUCUCUCUUUCUCUCUCUCUCUUUCUCUCUUUCUCUCUCUUUCUCUCUCUUCUCUCUUUCUCUCUCUCUUUCUCUCUCUCUCUCUUUCUCUCUCUCUCUUUCUCUCUCUCUCUCUCUCCAUAUAUCUACUAUAUUAUUAGAAAUUAAAUCACCAAUUUUUUACGGAAAGAUAUAACGAGAUGUAUAUUGUUUCAUGUGUUGUCUGUUUGCCAUGUCAUGUUUCAGAUGCAUUUAUGCUAGAAAUCCAACAUUAUGAAUCUACUUUCCCUGUGACCUUUGGGAUGGCUCUGAACAAUGCCUUCUUUUUUCCUGAUUGUUUCUUUUGUCUUGUGAAAUUUGAAUGACGACUUUUGGAAUGUUUAACAUAUAAGAACAAGUUCCAGUAUAGCCAUACAAAGAGAAUGAAUCAGAAUACCAUCCAGAUAUAAGAUUCCAAGCAGUUAUGGAUUUACUGUUGUUGGGAGCUGGCAGGGUUUUAUCUAGGAAUGCAAAUAACAUAAUCACGAAAAAUAAUGCAAAAUGUAUUUCUGUGUGUAUUAGCAAUGCAAGGGUUCUGCGCAUACUGGAGGAGCAGAUACAAAGGAAAGAAGACAAAGUGGGCACUUUCGUAGAAUUCCCAUUACACAUGCAGCUAGGGCCAGAUUAAGAACCCAGUGGACCUGGUGCUGACAAUUAUGAGGGGCCUAAUUCCGAAUCACGGAAGCAGAAUCGCCAAAAGAGACAAACAUGCCAAAAAAGGGGGCGUGUCUGCAUGAAGAAUUGGAAGGCCAAUCAUGCAGACUGGCCAACUAAGGGCAUAUUAUGCAGGCAGCACCCUGAGCUUGGCAUAAAUGUGUCUCCACACUUUCUAAGGACUGUUCCCUAGCACUCACUUGUCCACUCCUCUCCUUACCUUCCAACUAGCAGACAGAAUCUCCUGAUAUACAGUCUGGGACAGAGAAAAGGUGUAUGCAGUGAGUGUAGAAGAAAAGGGAACAAGCCACAGUGUUAGAGAGACUGAAGCAGCAAGACCAUUUGCACAGUGUGCAAAGUCAGCUUUACCGUAGCUAAUUUCAUUGUCAGCCAGUACACACGUUUUGUUCCCCUAUAUCCCUAUUAAGUUUCAAUAGUUAAGCAAGAGCAAGGGAAGAGUAGCAAAAAAAAAAAUGCUCCAUCAGCCCCUAUGUUUAUCCGGCACUGCAUGCAGCCCCUACACAUUCACAUAUAGAACCAAAUAUAGGAACAAGUUCCACAAUUCCAAUCACACACAUACAGCACCCACAUACUUCAGAAUUACACACACAUACAUUACAUGCACAUAUUUCCUCACAAAUCCUAUCACAGCAACAUACACUGAUCAGCUACAACAUUAUUAAAACCACCGAACAGCCCAGUGAAUAACAUUGAUUAUAUUGUUACAAUGGCACCUGUCAAGGGGUAGAAUAUAUUAUACAGCAAGUGAACAGUCAGUUAUUGAUUGUCAUGUGUUGGAAGGAGGAAAAUGGGCAAGCAAAAAGAUCUAAGUGACUCUGACAACUGCCAAAUAGCGAUGGCUAAACAACUGGUUCCAAGCAUCUCCAAAAUGACAAGUCUAACAGGCAGGUGGUUUUAAUGUUAUGGCUGACCAGUGUACACACACAACUCCAAUGAUUUCCCUUAGGUAAGCAUGGAGCAUUCAGCAAUGUAAUGUAGUCCCUUUAAAGGCCACCCCUCUAGUUUAAUGUAGUUCCCAAGUUCAUGCUUAGGUCACUCUCACUCAUAAUUCCAAGAUUUUACUAUUAACAUGACGUAAAUUCAUGAUUUUAUUAAUGACACGGAGGCGAGUAUUAUGCUUCUCUUUCUUUAAUUUUCUUUCGGCAGCUAAGAGAGAUGUAUAAAAAAAAGAGAGAAAAACAACAUAACAUUAGCAUAUUCACAGUGCUACCAAUAGUGUCCACCCCCUUAGUAUAUAAGAUGUAGCACUCCAUCCUUCCUCUUUCCGCAGCGAUCCGAAGACCAGCUAAUAACCAAAACGAUAAACUUGAACUGAAACUGGAACAUCGGAUAGUAGUCAUACAUCCAUUCUUUAUGGCCAAACUGUAGACGUGUCCUCCAAAACUUCAACACCUUGAUAGAAGUAUUCAGGCUAAAAAGAGAGGAGAAAUAUGGUAAUAUCUCGAUUGUCACCUGCUUGUAACAUAUACUUCAACAUUACAGCGGUUAUCUGGGCCUGGAGACAAAAUCUAUUGCCAUCAUACAUUAUACACAUAAGCAAAACUUAUCUAACGUGAUAAGCUAACCUUUAUGGCCACUUACCGGAGCAAAGAAGGGUCUAAUAUGAAAUACCUGAGUAUAUCGACACACCUAAUCUACGACUGCCCGUCAUGUGAAUUUCAAUAAUUCCACUCUGGGAGGGUGGGAGGGAAUAAUACUCGCCUCCGUGUCAUUAAUAAAAUCAUGACUUUACGUCAUGUUAAUAGUAAAAUCUUGGAAUUUUAUUAAAGACACGGAGGCUCCUAUUAUGCUCUUUUAAAGCUGAGCUAUAACCCUUUCUGACAAGUGCUGGAUAGGUUGAAAAUAAAAAUUCCGGAAUGAAGAUUCCGUAGACCAAUCUGCGGCCUUCAAGAUGUCUUCCAAUCAACAUCCUAUUGUCGAUGCCUUAGAGGCCAUAGCACCCCUGACAGAAUGGAAUGAGAAGACCGUGACAUCUAUCCCGGCCGAAGCCAAUAACCACUUGACCCAACGAGCGAGAGUAGGAAGAUGUUGUUUCUUCAGCAAGAUGAACAAAGGUCCGUCAUUAGACGGGCAUAGAGUAGAAGUGCAAGAUUCGUAUUCUUUUAGGCACAGCAUCGGGCAUAGAUUGGGUUGGUUUGGAAUUCUUGGGUAGAAGACCUGCUUAGUUGCUGAUUUCGUUCUCCGCGAGAUAUCGAAUGACACUCCUUCCGGAUUGAAUACACGGGCCUGCCAGUCCAAAGCCCUCACGUCAGACACUCGCUUACAGGAUAGCAGACAGCAUAAUCAAUUUUGUCAACAAUUGUUUUAAUGACAAUUCUGUGUUAGAGGGCCAUUCGUCUAGGAGCCUGAAUACCACGUUAACAUCCCAAAAGGAUCCAUAUCUAGGUUUAGGUGGGCGUGAGAAACAAACACCCUUGAGCAGACGACAGACCAAGGGAUUCUGCCCGAUUGGAAGUCCGUCCACGAUAUCAUGACCUGCCGAGAUGGCCGAUUGGUACAUGUUGACGGUACGGAAGGCCUUGCCUGAUUCGAAUAGGUGCGUCAGGAAAUCCAGCACCGUUUUUACAGAGGUUGAUACGGGAUCCACCAAUCUCUCCAGGCACCAAUUGGACCAUGUCCUCCAUGCCGCAGCAUAGGAACGCCGUGUUCCUGGUGCCCAAGCAUUUGCCAGGAGUUGGGUAGUUGUUCUCGAAACCUCUGUGAUUUCCCAAGGUUCCCGGAAAGGAGCCACGCCAUGAGAUGAAGAAGUCCUUGUUCUAUCAGGUUGUGAUUCUCCCCAACCGGGAUUGGUUAGCAGGGGUUGAUCCGGUAGCAACUGUGGGCAAUCGAUCGCCAUUUCCUGUAGAUGGGGGAACCAAGGUUGAGAUCUCCAGCAUGGGGUUAUCAGGACCAUCAUGCUCCUGCAGCGUCGGAGGUAAACCAGAGUUCGAGCAAUCAGGUUGAACGGAGGGAAGGCAUAUGCUCGUCCCUUGGUCCAAUCCUGGAGGAACGCAGAUGCUUCCGGGUCUGGUCGCCAGCUGAAAAACUGAGGAAGCUGUGUGUUCAGUCUGGAUGCAAAAAGACCCACAGUCAAAGGUCCCCAUAACUGAACGAUCUUGUAGAAUACCUUCGGUUGAAGCCUCCAAUCCCCCAAGUCCCUCAGGUAUCGGGAGUUCCAGUCCGCAGUGUAAUUGUCCAACCCCGGUAUGUGUUCCACGGUUACCGUCACGUUGUUCUGCAAACAAUAAUGCCAGAAGUCUCGAGCCAAGACUGCUAAGAUACGUGACCUGGUACCUCCCAGAUGGUUUAUGUAUCUGGCUGCCGAGACGUUGUCCAACUUGAGUAGGAUCGAGCAUGAAAUGCCCCUGGGUGAGAGGUUGCGGAUGGCAAACGAGGCUGCCAGCAGUUCCAGGGAGUUUAUAUGUAGGAACGAUUCGUCUACUGACCAUCUGCCUCCGGUGGAUAUGGAGCCGCAACACGCGCCCCAGCCAUGUAAGCUUGCGUCCGACUCUAUCACGAGAUCCGGGGUGGAAUCGAAGAUUGCUCGACCGUUCCACGCUUCCAUCUGGGUUAACCAGCAGUUCAGUUCUUCCCUGGACUCCUCGUCCAGGGUGAUGUUGGUCUUAUAUGAUUGGCCGUUUCUUAGGCAGGAUGCUUUCAGUCGUUGUAGCGCCCGAUAGAGUAAUGGUCCCGGGAAGAUCGCUUGGUUGGAGGCCGCCAGUAGUCCGAUCACUUGUGCCAAUUGUCUCAGAGAAAUGUCUGGACGGUUCAUUAACCGCCUUAUUUCCCUUUUGAUAUUGGACAUCUUUUCUGCCGGGAGGCAUAGAAUUUGUCAGACGGAGUCGACUCGGAACCCCAGGAAUUCUGUUGAGAAGGUUGUAGCACCGAUUUCUCCCAGUUCACCAGGAAACCGAGGUUCUGGAGGAGAUGGAGGGUCCAUGACAAGUGGGUUAUCAGUAUGGACCGUGUCCCCGACAGUAGGAGGAUAUCGUCCAGAUAUAUAAUAAGACGGACCCCGUGUAACCUGAGAAAGGCAAUCACUGGCUUCAGAACUUUUGUGAAGCACCAGGGAGCAGAGGAUAGUCUGAAAGGAAGGCAUGAGAAACGCUAUUUCUUUGCCCCAAUCCUGUGAUCCAGUUCUAUCGGGACCAUUAGAUACGCGUCCUGUAAAUCGAGUUUUACCAUCCAAUCUCCCGGGAGGAGUAGGUCUCGGAGGCAGUGUAUGCCCUCCAUCUUGAAAUACCAGUAUUGGACAAAGGCAUUGAGGGGUUGCAGGUUGAUAACAGGGCGGACGCCUCCGCCUUUUUUCGGCACUAAGAACAGGUUGCUCACAAAACCUGGUGUAUCUAGAGGGAUUUCCUCUAUAGCAUUUUUGGUCUGCAGAACCCUGAUCUCCCAGGAGAUGAGCUCGUGGUGGGACUUUGGUAUGUGGAGCACUCAUGGCGGGGAGUCCUGAAAGGGAAGACCCGUUAAUUCUAGGUGAUAACCCUUUAUGGUCUGCAACACCCAACUGUCGAAUGUGAUCAUAGCCCAAGCCUGAGAGAACAACGCCAACCUGCCCCCCACAUUUAUAUGGGAAAAGUGGGGGAAAAUUGUACUUACCAUAAGGGCGUUUUCCUGUGGAUGUUCCUCUGCCACAGUUAGCAUUCCAAGGCUUUCCUCGAGAGGGGAAGAACGGAGUAUAGGAACGCUCUUGGCUUGGUCUCUGAGUGUUGAAGGAGCCUCUGCCCGGUCUGGAGAAACUUCGGGAGUUGCGGCCGGAUAGACGGCUCCUACCUCUACCGGUCCUACCGAAAACCUUUUGGUUGAAGACUCGUUUAAUGGACGAUUGGGCUUUGUCCAGAGCCGUGAAGGUUUUUACGUAUGAGCCUAGGUCUUUUACAAAGGACUCACCGAAUAACAAGCCUUUAGCUGAAGCCCCUUGAUCUUGAGCAGGAUAGCUUUCCUGCCUUCAGUAGACAUGGUUGUAUUGGCGUUGCCGAUCAUACAGACUAGGCGUUGGAGCCAGCCAAACGCCACCUCAAAGUCCAAUUGUGCCUCACCCGACUGAGCUGCUUCCAGCAGUUCAUACAACUUAGUGACGGGACCUGGUGUAUCCAGGAACUUGUCCUGACAGUUACGGAGGGAAUAGUCUAGUCCCUUCUUUGGCUUCCAGACGGUUUUAGCCAGGAACUGGACUAUCUGUGGGUCCACUUCAGGGUUUUUUGCCACUGCAUCUGGUAUAAUGGGUCAGGGGCAUUCCGCUCUCAGCUUGUUACGACCCUCCUGGGAGAGGGAUUUACGUACCCUGAGGGCUAGGUACUAAGCGAUAUGCUCAGAGGGCUCCCAUUCAGCGGAUCGCGGAUGUCUUAAAUUAUCCGGGUCAAACAAGGGUAUCUCUUUUCUAUCGCGGGUUGCGUCUGUCCUGAGCACCUCUGACUGUGCUGUGGCAUGAGUUGGUGCCGAUGGGAACUGUUUUCCCUGGAGGCUCUCGCCCUCUGAGAACUCGUCCUCAUAAGGAUCAGAGUAAUGGUCGUCUGACCCCUCAUCCCCCUCAUCGUCUUAGUCAGACAGUAUAUCUUGGGCCCGCGCCUGUUUCUAUUCUAUGGCCGCCGUAGCCCGGCCAGCAGUUCUAAUGCGCGGUUGUUGGCCCCCGAAGCUUCGUGCUGCCCCCAGGGUGUCCAAAAUUCCCGAUCUCGGGGUCCGCUAUCUCUCCCACAGCCGUGAGUAUCUCGUGGGAUCGUUUGCUCCGGAGCCUCUCCUGCAUGCGACCGGUUAGCAUGGCGGUGCGGCCCUGCCCCAAUAAACGGAAUUUUUAAAUCAUAUUGAAUGAUACAUAGUAUCCAUAUAGGGACUUCUUUGUGUCAUCUGGAUUUUGUAUCCAUUGGACAUUUUCUGUAUACAAUUUAUCUACUUCUUAGGGUUACCCCCUUUGAAGUCCAUUUACACACUCCAGGCUCCCUUUUGGAGGUGUUCUCCUUUUCUUGUUAGUUAGGGUAAUUCACGAAUUUUAAUGUACUGACCUAGGAAUUUCACAAUUCACCAAAAGCACAUUCAAUUCAAGAUUUGCCCACUUCUUGGGUGGAGUUAAAAUAGUGUCCUCAUCCUAAUCCAGAUUCUUUGGUAGUGACAAAGUGUCUAAGAAACAAAGUAGAAAUGAUAAUUCAGAGAAUGUUUCAAUGUCUCAUCAUCACCUGUUUUUAUUGCACAUAUUUUUCUGCUGAAACCUUGAUGUCUUACCCAACUUCCUAGGGCUUUGAAACUCACAAAAAUGUAAAGAAUUUUAUCUUGAGGGUAUUUGGAGAUCCCAGGUGUCUGCAAUGAUGAAUCAGCUUGUGCAUGUGUGUGUGUGUGUGUGCGUGUGUGUGUGAGAGAGAGAGAGAGAGAGAUGAUAGAUAAAUAGAUAGAUAGAUAGAUAGAUAAGAACCAUAUUCAGAGAAAUGGUCAAGAAAACACAUUGAUAAUAUCUCACAUAGAAUCAUAGCAGAAUGUGGCACAUGGAGGUUUAUCAGGUCAUUUGGGCACUAACUAAUAGUUAAGUUGGCACUGCUAGAAUGAUCAAAUACAUCCGAUCGUUAAAGGAUUUGUAUUGCAUUAAAAUGUGCUUCUAAGGUUCAAAAUAAUUAAAACAUCUAAUGCCCAAUACAGAAUUUAUAAAUACGAUAAUGUUUACCAAAAUCUGACAAACUAAUCAUUUGAAAUCAGCUUGGGAAAUUAUAUUAUAACACUUAACAUUUAAGGGCAAAGGAACAAUAAGAACUUUAAAAACUGUUAAUGUGGUAAUUGACUAUUAAAAUCCCUUCUGGGGUUUAUUCACUAAACACUGAACUGUAGCACAUUGGUAAACAAAAAAGCCAAGUUGUAGCUAUAGCUGAGUUAAAUAAUUUGUCAAAAUCAGCUGUUUUUGUCUUAUUUUUUACAAUAUGGUUUACCAUUAGCUACUAUGUUACAUUAAACACCUUUAGGGUUUUUAUUUAGGUUAGAAAUUGCAUUAUUGUACAAAUUAUUUUGACCUAUGCAUAUAUAUAUAUAUAUAUAUAUAUAUAUAUAUAUAUAUAUAUAUAUAUAUAUAUAUAUAUAAACAAAUACUUACUGCUCCAUCCAUACUUUGAUUUAUUAUUUAGUUAAAUAAACUUUGCAUUAAAAGUCAACAAAUGCCAAAAAAGCAUUACAUUUAUAUGUGUCCUGUCCUGUCAUAAAAUUACUCUGUUUUUGGCUCUGUUAUAGAAAAAUGGGGGAAAAAAACAACAUAACUAUAAUUUACACAUAAUGUAUAGAUACACAAUUGUUGAUUAAUUAAAAGAGGGGUGUCGAGGGGGGAAGGGGGGAUGGGGUGUAAAUAGGCACAAAUUCAGGCACCAAACUCACUUGUGUUGUCUCAGUGAAUUUUCUUUUCUCUCUAGAUACCGUUUAAUCAUCACAUUUGCUAAUUGUCAUUCUUUUCUCUUUAAUUAAAACCAACUCUGUAGUCUUUGUUAACUAAAAAGGACAUCAAAGGGGAGAGCACAUAAUUGGGUUUAAUUGUUUACAAACCUAAACUCUAAAAUCAGUGUGUGCAGAAUUAUAAUUGGUAACCAUGACAAUACACUGUGUUUAUAGAAAUGUUUAAGGGGGAUUAAUUUCGUGUAGUUUACGAGAUAUGGCUAUAUUACCUUGUGUCUGCUUCACAUUUGAUCACUACUGAACAUUCUUAAAAGCAGUUUUGACUCUUAGAAUGAUUACGUGUGCCGUGCUUGCAUAUGUUUUCAAAAGAUUCAGGCUAAAUGUCUGUUGUCUGAGCUUGUUUUGACAUGAAUUCUAAUUGUGAGAUUAUUCUCCUAGGACAACUUGUAAAUUCUAGAUCAUCCACUGUUUUUUUUUCUUUUUAACACGGCGUUAAGUUGCAACUGGCAAAUUUGGCAGUUGUCUUGCAUCUUGACACUCAUUUUUUUAAUGCUUGAAGAAGAACUGUCAUGUCUGAACCUUUCACAAAACAUAAUAGCUAGAUAAAUCUUUUUUUUUUUUUUUUAAUUCCGAAAUGUAAAUUUAAUUUCCCUGUUUACACACUGAAACUGUAUGAUUUGUUCUGUAGAACUCAAGAUAUGUAGAAAAAUGAAAUAAUAAAUAAAUAAGAUUACUAAGAGUUAGAGUCAAUUCUAAAUAUCAAAAACAAAGAAACAAACAAACCGCCAAACAAAACAGAUUAAACACCAAUAUCAAACUAUGGCCUAUUUAAUAAGAUUCCCAAGUGAUUCGAUACUGUUAGAAACAUAUACAAAAUUUAUUUAUCUACAAAAAAUCCCAUAGAUUAAUGAUGACUUCUGUAAAUAAAUCAUUUGGAUUUUCAUUCCAACAGUAUUGAAUCAUUUGGAAUGCUUAAAUCAAGGUCUUAGUAUGUUACUCUUUCCUUUUUUUGUAUAUUUAUGAAUUCUUUAUUAUGUCUGGCAGGCCUUGAAAAAUUGGUGCCCAGCAGUAUGUGGGAUUGAUAUGCUUUAGGUGUGAAAACAAGUAAAUCAAUAAUUAAUGCACAUUACUUGUUUUUAUUGCCUGGCAAAACUUUCCAACAGAAAGCUGGAUUCAUUCAAAACACUAAAGUAAUUUACAAAACACACUGAAAACAUAUGCGUACAUUUUAAGUUUCCUGCGUUUCUUACUCAGUGUGACAAACUACCCUUUUCCUGUGAGUUUGCCAUGAGUUUUGGAGGGGCUUGUUGCCCCAGGACCUGGUAUUAGACCUGGCUUCAGCACCGUGGACAGGCUUUGUUCAUGCCUUUUCCCCUCUGUGCUUCGGUAUAUGGGGCUACCGAAUGGAUUCUACUUAUGGUGUUCGUUUACCGAACAAACAACCGAACAGUCAGACCACACAAAAGUGGAGUGUGCAGCCCAUUUGCCCUCCAGGCUGGGAGUUAACCACAACCAAUUGACAAACGGCUGGGUGGUCGCUGUUCGUAUAGUCCAAAACGUGGUGGCGGCCAUCUUGUGUAGUCGAGCGCGUCCAGUGGUGUUUUGUCGUCGAACGCAUGGAACUCAAUUGGACACUUGAGGGCACAAACACCGUUGAGACUUCCACCUCCAGUUAGGUUCGGCUAAAUAUGCACGAACAGAGCGCUGUUCGGUAGAAAUAAUCUACCGAAAACACUUCAACACUGACUUUGUGCACGAACGAUCCCGUUCGACUAUUUGAAGUGCACUUUAGUCAUUGGAAAUAGACCAGCCGCACAACCUAAUUCUCUGGAACUAUUUUGGGCAUGAAGCCAUGCUUGCGGCCAGUCAAAAAGAGACUUCCGUGAAACUUUUGAACACCUGCUCUGAUUUGGGUGAUUUUUGGAUAUGUUGUUCACCCAGAUCAGGCCUAUCAGGGCAUGUGACUUUUAUGUUGUAUUUUGGGGUACUUAUGGGACUUUGUGAAAUAUGUGUUUUUCAUGCUUGGGGAUAAUUACGUUAAGACAUUAUCUACCUUAUUUGUAUCACAGGCAGAGGAGAGGGAUUGUGUGCUGUAAGUGGGAGUGUCAGGCAUUGUUACAUUGAUGCUAUUGGUCUGUACAAUUUGUGUCCUGUGCCCCAUCAGGUCCAGUGGGUGUUCAUCUGGCCUGAAAAGUUGUAUAAAAAUCCAACCUGUACCAUUAAACUCUCAGAUCAUAUUGUACCUUCAUGAAGUUUCAGCUCAUGUUUGGGGGAUUGGAGAACUACAUUCACUCUGAGGAUUAAUAUAAUCACUAUACUCCAUAAUCAUUAACUCUUGUAAGAGCUGUUCCUGCUGGACUCUCUGGAGCAAGAAAGGGUCACCCACUGGAAUCUGUAGUCUUGUUGUAGGUCCAUGGUGGUUAGGAGAGGACGAGACCCCAACCAAGCGGCGGCGGUUCAUGGGGGUUUGCAGUAGUUAUGGUGUUCCAGCACAGUGCUUAUGGUACUCGUCAGUACUAGGAAGCAGCGAUUGACGGAGGUACCCGGUCGGGGUGCAGUCGGUCCGUCACACUCGGUAAUAUGAAUGUUAAUAUUAAUAAUAAUAGAACUCCACUAGCUGGUGGCAUUCUUUCACUCUAUUAUAGUAAAGAAUUUGGGAGUUGGUGGUGUUAAUAAAGCGAUACAGUGGAAGAGUAAAGAGACCUCCAUGACACACGAUGUUCUGUGUGUUCUGUGACUAUUGUGCUAUAAAAGAAUUUGCCUAUUUAUGGUCAUGAAGUUAACAACACUUGGUAAAUUAAAUUGGUAUGUCUCUCUGCCAACCGACAUCCUCAAGUCUGCCCACCAAAAUAAUUACUGGAUAACAAAUUUAAACCUUAAGUAUAACACGUUUAGAAUGUGGUUCGUGAUGAAUUGUUGGUUUAUCUAAAGAUGAUAAAUAUGAUGGUCCAUGCUAAAUAAAUAGGCACAUAAAAUGCAUUCUUUGUUAUCAUAUCAUGCUUUGACUCUACUUUGUCCAUAGUCAGGAUGGAAAGGAAGAAAAAACAGAUACACAUAAGAAUUGUCAUCUUUCUCCUCCCAUUAGCCAUCUGUCUGUGGUACCAUGUAUAUCCUUGUUAAUUAUUUCCUCCAUCAUUAAUCCACAUAGAUGUACGGGCCCGUAUUUUAUGGUAGGAAGUAACUGAAAGAGCCCUUAACUUUCUCUGUAAGUUCAUUCAAUAGGCAGAUUUCUCUGAAUUUAUGUACUACAAGAGACCAGGUUUAGGAGUUCCUGGUGGUAUCAAGUUUUUACAGUGCUCUUCUGGGGCCUAUGUAAGUUUACAGAUUAAGAUUAUAUUCACGUAAAAUUGUGUCCUUAGUCUUUGAAAAAUUAAUAACUGUGGUAUAAUAUCAUAUGGUGUAUGGAGCAGCACAACCAAUAGGUUCUUUACUUUGACACUGAAGAGGUUCAACAUCUGGAGAAAAUCUGGUGAAAAUGACCAAAUUCCAGGUUGAUUAAAGCUAAAUCUUGUUGGAAUUCAGUAGGACCGACUGGAUUUGCAGCAAUGUUUCGAUGCAUUUUGUGUUUGGAUUAAAAUCAGUUCAUUCACAUCUAAACCCUAUACACAUUUUUGGUAGGAUUUGGAGAAAAAUUCAGGACCAAAUGCAUCCUGCAAAAUGCAGGUUCAAUUUAUCAUUCACUUGCAUUUUGCCUGUUGAAUAAUAAUUUGAAGUACUAUUUACCUGCUAGCAGCCAGUAGAAAAAAAAAAAAAAAGGUUAACCAUGUGGCAAUUGACCAGCACUUGCUAGCCAGUCGCCUCAUUCAAACAGUAAAAAACAAAUAAAUAGAAAAGGCAAAAUUGUAAUUUUAUUUCAAUGGAGGUUUUAAAUGACAAGUUAGGGGCAAAUCUACUAAAUAUUUGCCAUUGCUGCUUAGUCUCUUAGUCUCGGCAUGGGAAUGGGGCCUGUAAAAUAUUAUAGGGGCAUAGUUCCCUUCUAUGGGCAUCAGGUUGGGGACUUUAAAAUAAAUAACAUGGGGUAGCCAGAUCACUGUCCAUCCAUCUGCCUCCACAUGUAGUCAGUAGGGGGCUAUUACAUUUUAUAUUUUAAAAACCUAAUGUCGCCCAUUACACCACCCAAGGGUGGAUAGUGGGCUAUUGUAUAAUAAUUGGGAGGAACUAAUGUCCCCAUCCCAGCCCCUAUCCAUUGGUGGCAGGUGGGGGCUAUAUUAUUAUACAGGGGGAGGGUGAACACGCCAUUGUCCUCCCCGUAUUAGUGGCAUGGUCCACCUUCUAAUUUAAAUUAAAUUAACGCUACCCACCAUUCUCACCCUAAUAAUAGUGGGGGUGCAUUAACCUAAUACCUAUAACAUUUAUAACAUAUACUUGCCAGUAGUUAUACUUAAAUAUUUAGUAGAUAUGUCUCCCUUAUAGACAUAUUUAGUCUUAUUGACCCCCAUAGGCUAGGCUUUUUUAUUUAUUUACUGUUACUUUUUUAAUGUUACAUAGUUACAUAGCUGAAAAGAGACUUGCGUCCAUCAAGUUCAGCCUACCUCACAUUUGUUUUUUGCUGUUGAUCCAAAAGAAGGCAAAAAAACCCAGUUUGAAGCACAAUUUUGCAACAAACUAGGAAAAAAAUUCCUUCUUGACCCCAGAAUGGCAGUCAGAUUUAUCCAUGGAUCAAGCAGUUAUUACCCUACAUUGAAAGAUUAUAUCCUUGAAUAUUCUGUUCUUGCAAGUAUGCAUCUAGUAGCCGUUUGAACAUCUGUAUGGACUCUGAUAAAACCACUUCCUCAGGCAGAGAAUUCCACAUUCUGAUUGUUCUUACAGUAAAAAAACCUUUCCUUUGCCUUAGACGAAAUCUUCUUUCUUCCAGUCUAAACUCAUGGCCUCGUGUCCUAUGUAAAGUCCGGUUUGUGAAUAGAUUUCCACACAAUGGUUUGUAUUGGCCCCGAAUAUAUUUGUAUAAUGUUAUCAUAUCCCCUCUCAGGCGACGUUUUUCUAAACUAAAUAGGUUUAAAUUUGUUAACCUUUCUUCAUAGCCGAUAUGUUCCAUUCCUUUUAUUAAUUUUGUAGCCCGCCUCUGCACUUUUUCUAGUGCCAUAAUAUCCUUCUUUAGAACAGGUGCCCAAAAUUGCACAGCAUAUUCAAUAUGGGGUCUUACCAGUGAUUUAUAAAGAGGCAAAAUUAUAUUCUUGUCCCAAGAAUGAAUGCCCUUUUUCAUGCAUGACAAUACCUUACUGGCCUUGGCCACUGCUGAUUGACAUUGCACAUUGUUUCAUAGUUUGUUGUCUAUAACAAUUCCCAAGUCCUUUUCAUGUGUUGUUAUCCCUAAUUCGCUUCCAUUAAGGGUAUACGUUGCUUGUGUAUUCUUUACGCCGAAGUGCAUAACUUUGCAUUUUUCAACAUUAAAUUUCAUCUGCCAUUUGAGUGCCCAGUCCCCCAGUCUAUCUAAAUCCCUCUGCAGCAAAGUAAUAUCUUGCUCACAUUGUAUUGUUUUACAAAGUUUGGUGUCAUCUGCAAACACUGAAACAUGACUUUCAAUGCGGUCUUCAAGAUCAUUUAUAAACAUGUUAAAUAGAAGGGGUCCCAGAACAGACCCCUGAGGGACACCACUUGCCACCUCUGUCCAGCUUGAAAAUUUACCAUUAAUGACAACUCUUUGUACUCUGUUUUUAAGCCAAUGUUCUACCCAAGAACAAGCAUUUUCAUCUAGACCGAUUUCCUUGAGUUUGAACACUAAUCUAUUGUGUGGAACUGUAUCAAAUGCCUUGGCAAAAUCCAAAUAGAUCACAUCCACGGCAACACCCUGAUCUAUACUUCUACUUACUUCUUCGUAGAACGCAAUCAAGUUAGUUUGACAUGACCUGUGCUUCAUAAAACCAUGCUGAUUUUUGCUGAUAACCAUGUUCUUCUCAAGGAAUUCUUGAAUAUUAUCCCUUAAUAACCUUUCAAAUAUUUUACCAGCCACAGAAGUUAAGCUCACAGGUCUAUAAUUUCCAGGCAAGGAUUUUGAACCCUUUUUGAAUAUAGGAACCACAUCUGCCUUCCUCCAAUCCUCCGGAACACUUCCUGAAAGAAAAGAAUCUUGAAAGAUUAAAAACAGAGGUUCACUUAUUUCUGCACUUAGUUCCUUAAGUACACGUGGAUGGAUACCGUCAGGCCCUGGAGCUUUGUUUAUAUUAACUUUCUUUAGUUGCUGCAGCACCUUGUCUUGAGUUAACCAAUUACAAUUAUUCUGCAAGUUUUUAGUAGCAAUCAUUUGCACAUCUAUUGCCAUGGGUUCUUCCUUAAUAUAUACGGAGGAGAAAUAGUUAUUUAAAAUUCCUGCCUUUUCCUGGUCUAAAUUAAUUAACACCCCCGUUUCAGUUUUUAGUGUACCUACACUUUCAUUUUGUUUUUUUUUAGAAUUUAUGUACUUAAAAAAUGUGCUAUCUGGCAAGCGCUGGCCACCUGCCACAUGGUUAUCCCUUGAGCUGCAGUAGGUGGGGGCAUAGGGAGGAUUAUAACCUCUCUUAUUGUAAUAUUGUGGUCUUAUUGACCUCCAAUAGCCUUAUUUCUAAAAAAAAUUCUGUGGCUGAAAGGGCUUUUCUUAAUAUUGAUAUUUCCGCAGUUUAGCAGAUAACUCCUUAAAUUGAUAAUUUCCUUGGUACCUUUGUGACUGCUCCCUUCAAAUUAGAAAAUUCAAAAGUAUUUGAAUCGAAAUGUUAAAAACUUACACAUUUUUAACAUUGGAUAUGUUUCCCAAAUAAUAAAAUUUUUGGAUGUUUUUGUAAAAAGUUUUAAAAUGUUUUUUUCAACAUAUAAAAAUAUAUCAUAUAUAAAAAUUUAUCUAUAUAGCGAGUUGUAUCAAUUGUAUCAAUAUAGCAAAUUAUAUCAGAAUUGUCAUGAAAUUAUGUAAACAUUUAUUCAAAAAUAUAAAAUCAUUUAAAAAGCCUAUCCAACAAUAUUAAAUUAAGGCCUUUAGAUGAAACGACAUUAAAAGAAAAUAACGAUUCAAUCUGAAAUUAAACUAAAUCAAUUUUUUCCCUGUGUACAUUUCUAGUGAAUAGUACCUGUAGAUGUGGCUGACAUAAUCUUUGAUUCUCUCACCUUGUGCUUUCUCUUGCCAUAUGAUUAACAAUGUUUGUAUCCUUAUGCAAUAGUUAAUUAUUUUAGGACAUGGUUCUAACAAGGUUCAGACAUGAAAAGAUUAAAAAAAAAUCAAGCAGUCAUGAUUACAUUUGCCAUUUUAUGGGCUUGUCUGUUCAAGACAACUAUCUGUAUAUUGUUUUUCCAUGUACUUAUCAUUCGGGAGUGUAAUGACAGAUUGACUCAUUAUGUUCGUGAGAUGCUGAACAUCAUCACCAUAGAUCUGGCAGUAAUUAACUAUUUGUUAAGCUCAAGUAAAGGUAUUUUAUUUAAUCUCUGUUUGUUGAGUUGUCACUAGUGAAUUGCAUGUAAAAUAUUUCUAGCCAGAAACAUCCUACAUACACAGUGAGCAUGUACAUUCUCAAGAGGACACUAUAGUCACCAGAACAACUGCAACUACCCUGCAGGCAUUUUCAUGCAAACACUAACUUUCCAGAGAAAAGGCAGUGUUUACAUUGCGCCCUAGGGAUAACUCCAGUGGCCACUCCUCAGACGGCCACUGGAGGUGCUUCCAGGGGCAUUGUUGUAUAGAUGCUGAAUUUUCCUCAUAGAGAUGCAUUGAUUUAAUGCAUAUCUAUAAGGCGGUGCUGACUGGCCAAACCAGAGUUUCGCCCUGCCUCUCUCCCACCUCCUUGCCAAUUUCAGCCAAUCCAAUCCUUUCCAUGUGGUAAUAUAUGCUGUGGGAAAGCAUUGGAUUGGCUAAAAAUUGUAACCCACGCGGCACUGGAAAUAUGGUACGUUGUAUUACCUUUUAAGGGGUUAUGGGUGGGCAAACCACCUAAAUGGUGGUUUUAACAGUAUAGGGUCAGAAAUACAUGUUUGUGUUCCUGACCCUAUAGUGAUCCUUUAAUGAUAGCAUCCAAUGCAUUUAAUUUAUUUAAUCUAAUAAUACAUCAUUCUUAUACUUUACAUUCUUUACAUUGCCAUAGUAAAAGCAAUUGUCCAAUGUAAUUGUACUCCUUUUACCAACUUUGGCCUUAAUUUAAUAAACUUUCCAAAUGAUUGAAUACUGUUAGAAAAACUUUCCAAAUGGUUUAUCUUCAGAAGUCACCAUUACAGUCCAUCUGAAUUUCUUACAUAAAUAAUUUGGAAAGUUUUCUAACAGUAUUCAAUCAUUUGGAAAGCUGAUUAAAUUGAGGCUUUUACAAGGAUGAAAGGUCGGCUGGAUAUAAAACUUGUGGCUUCAGAUUGUAGACUGUAUUGCAAACAUUGAUGGUUUUUUUAAUCGGCAUGUAUGUUAGAGAGAAUUAUUCCUUUGCUAGAUCUAUAAAUAAAAUGUGUCUCUGUAUUUAUCAUACACAGAAAAAUGGUACAAGCAUCAUCUGACAUAUCAGAUUCUCAACUGGCCUUGGUACCUAUCCCCGCACCAGGUGAGACAAGCCGUAAAAGCAGCGUUCCAGCUGUGGGGUAAUGUCUCUUCUAUGGCGUUCUCGGAGAGUAUGAGUGGUGCAGCAGACAUUCGUUUGGCAUUUUUCGAUGGGGACCAUAAUGAUGGAGCCAUAAACGCAUUUGAUGGACCAGGUGCUGAACAAUUAGUCCUUGUAAGCUUUUUUCUUUGAGCAUGAACUUUUACACUUCACCUGCAGUACAAGAUAGCUAUAUUUAUUUAACAUUAAUUCUGAACAGUGAGAGUAAUGCUGUCCAAUUUCAUUGGCACAGAUUUUUUUUUAGCCCCAUGAAAAUACUGUAAUUGAUAAUUUCACCCACUCCACAUUCAUCUUGUCCCCUCUCCAAACACCUUCUUCCAUCACCUAUCUUUUAAUCAUUCUCAACUCACCCCUUAACACUUAAUUCCAUCCUGUUUUCUGUCCUAAUUUCAUAUCUUUCUCCUAUCGUCUUUCCAGCUCCCCUCAUUCUCCCCUUCUACAAUUCAUAUUAAAUCUCGCCAUUUUAUUAAAUCACCAAACCCAUUCUCAUCCCCCUCCAUCCAUAUUGCAUUUGCUUCCUCUUCCCUUCUUUUUCUACUUCCUGUUUUCAUUAAAUAUCCCUCUAGCUUUCCCUGUCUCCCUAACAUUUUUCAAUACCCAAUGUUCUCAUCCUCUUCUCCUGAUCCCAUUUCCAAUGUUGAUGCAGUACCCAUUCCAUCUUGUAAAUUCAUGCACUAUACCACCUCCUCUUUUUAUGAAACCUUCCACUAGGGUCCUUACUCUCUACUCAUUCACAUGCCCACUCAAUACCUCAUGCCCUUUUUUCCUUUUAUUCCCUUUAACCUCCGCCUUUUCUAUUUACUCUUUUCCCAUUGCACCGUUUCAUUCUCCCUCUCAGUUUCUAAUUUGCCUCCUCAUUACAUCUCCCAUACCUUCCCAAUGCUAUUUCCCACUGCUUCUGGCCAUUAUUUAACUCUCUCAUCCUCCAGUAUUCAGCUCCAAAGUCUGUCCCAGGUAUUGGAGCUAUAAUAGAUUAAUCGCACAGACAUCUGCUACUUUCUGUGCAUGGCACUUUCUUUGAGAUAUAGUCCAGCAAUGGAAGCAAAAAAGGUCCAUCUCACAAAAAAGGGUCCAUGUGAUAUAAGAAGCAAUAAUAGUGGCCUAUACAGUAGACCUGUCAUUGUCCUGAUACCACUGAAAUCACAGUGGAUGAGAGAGAAUGAGCUCCAUAGAAAGCAUUGCUAGUGAUGUCUCAUAAAAUAUAUAAAACAGAAAAAAUAUUUAUAUGUCCGCAGGCCACAAAAUAGAUCCUGCAGUGUGACACGCAGCACACAGGCCACAGAAGGACAGCCCUGUUGUAGAUGAUCUCCCUCUUUGAUCCUUUCUACAUCUUAUGAUGAAUUGUCAGAGGUCAUCAAGUCAAAAGACUUCUGUUUGUUUGUUGUGCUAAUUGAUUACUGAAACCCAUUGAUCUGCAGAAGUGCCAUGAAGCAGGAUCGUUUUAAUUGAGUUAGUUUCUGUGUUCCUGACAUAAUUAGUGGCUUAAUAAACUAUUAUACUAUAGAGCUUUACCUAUUGAUAGUACAAAGAUAAUGGAGUGUUGGUAUGGAUCAAACAGGCUGGAUCUGGAUCCCAGUUAUAUAUAUAUAUACACACACACACACAUACACACACACACACACUCUCUCUCUCUCUCUCUCUCUCAAAUAUUAGCAAUCUGAACUUGCUGCAAUAAAAACAUAUUCCUUGGAUAUUACAUAAAUUAUUGAAUGUCAGUAAUGCAAAUGAUAUAUUAAAAUGUAUCUGUAAUAUUUAGGUUCUAAUAAUUAAGCAUUUAAUUUCCUAAAAGGUGGAGCACUUGCUCAUGCUUUUUUCCCAAGGCGGGGGGAAGCUCAUUUCGACAAUGCUGAGCAUUGGUCAUUGAAUGGACGAGGCCGAAAUCUCUUUGUAGUCCUGGCACACGAAAUUGGUCACACCCUGGGGCUCCAGCACUCGCCAUUCAAAAAUGCUCUUAUGGCUCCUUACUAUAAGAAGCUGGGCAAAGAUUACCUGUUGAACUUUGAUGACAUCCUAGCCAUCCAAAACCUGUAUGGUAAGCUGCUCGGAGAGCCUUCAUUCUCUACUGCAACAUAAGAAUAUAGAGAUAUUGAUUGUAAUGGUAUAUUUAUUUUCCUAUUAAGCUCAUUCACUAAUAUGUUAAAUUAAAUUAUGCUGACCAAGGAAAAUUCUGUUGCUAAAGGAUUAUUCCUCAUUUUACCUUCCUGAUUCCACUCAUUCACCCUUUUAGUCCCUCACUGCUUGAAAACACUCUCUAGUCACAUCCAGCCCAUAUCUGGCAAGUCUCGUUACAUCCACGCUAUGCACCAUAACCACUUCAGCUCAGUAUAGCAAAGUGGCUAUUGGCACUAUCACACAUUUUUUUUUAUGUCAAAUCAUUUGGAAGCAAAUUUGACAAAAAACUAGGACAGUCCCAAGCACACAAACUGGCCCUGCUUGCUUGUAAUAUAUACUGAAUUAAUAUCAACGUCAGUUUCAAAAAAGCUGGACAGCCAUGGUAGCCUAUGUCUGUCAUCCAUGCUCGAUGAAAUUGAUACUAGGAAUUUAGUCACCGGGCGCUAGGAAGAACUCCACUUUUGACAGACAGUUCUCAAAUGGUUUGACAAUAUUUCUGUAAUGCCUGGCACACUGAGACUGUUUGCACCAUAACCACUUUAGUACUCUGUAGUGUGUAUGAUACAUAGAGGCACCUAUUCAUUUAAUCACCUUAUUGACCCCAACUGAUCUACUCCUCCUCACCAGUACCUCUCAGUCCAAAAUCUGACAUCACUAUUCAGGAAUGUUUAUCCCUCCUACCCAUCAGCAUACUUAUCACACUGGUUGAUAUCUCUCCUUCUCCUCAGUUGGGAAUAUUAAUUUAGCCUGAUUCUAAUGUUUAUGUGCUUACUGAUGACCGUGUCAUCUUCAAUCUGUGUAAAAUGCCUUGGAUAUGUUGCUAUGUAAGAAAUGUGAAAUAAGAGAAAAAUAAAUAGCUUUAUCUUGUUUUUUUGCCUUUUUUACCAUUGUUGUCUUGAAUCAGGGGCUCCCCCGAGUGGCAAAUUGGUGCAGCUCCCAGGGAAAGAGUUUGCAUUUUUUCAGGACUGGAAUCCAAAAGGUGUAGAAGGAUUUACCACUGCAAACACAAAACCAUUCUACUGCCAGUCGGUCUUUGAUGCCAUCACAUGGGGUAAGAUAUAUAGCAACAAUUACACAGUAGCCAACUUGGCCAAUUUGAUCCGGGUGUUCACAAGAGUGAUACAUAUAAUUUCUGAAUUUUAUGCAGUUGUGUAAAAUUAUGAAUACAAAGUGAAGUGCCUGUUAUACGACAUAACGGGAUAUAACCAUUAUAACAAUUUUAUCUCAUUACAUUGAUUAUAGUGCUAGAAUUGCCUCAAGCUGUCCCUCCAUUCAGUUAAACAAUGUUCAAGCAGUUUAACAUUAAAUGAGGGUCCAAUAUUGCCCACAUCCCCUUGCCGCCCCUCUCCUCCACCUUGAAGGUACCCCAUUGCUGCUCAAGCUAAUGCUUCCCCAUAAACCCAAGCAGUGCAGAAGGGAUGUUGGGGACUCUUGUUUUGCAUUAAAACAUUCAUGAUGGUUUAACAAUGAACAGAAGGAUAGUGCCAAGGGACUUAAGAUAUUUAACUACUUCAAUAUGAUCAAGUUGUUGCAUUACCUAUAGUGUCUCUGCUGUAAGUAUUAGUGUAUGACUGGGACUAACUGUCCCUCACUUUUUAAAAAAAAUUUUAAAUAAAAAAAAUUAAGUGAAAUAAAAUAAGGGCAAAAACUUACAUUUAAUCCAGUGCUGGGUUUUCCCUGAAGCCCUCUCCACCUAUAUCAAUGUCAUUCCACGUCAUUGGUUCUCUGUCCGAGGUCCAAUUAAAUGCUAACCAAGGAGAAUAAUUAUUGGUACAAGAUGCAAGAUUAUUUUGAUAGCGAAGCACUGAGUCUGAUGCUUCUCUAUCAGCAAUAGUAAAUGCAUUGGGCAGUUUAAAAGACUCUGUAUGUGUGAGCUGCAUGCACACAGUACUAAAGCCUUUACAUUGCAGGUGCACUCACAGCACUGUCUGCAAGGGAAGAUGCUGAUUAAGUCCAUCACCAGUGUGCUUUGCAUGCUGACAUCAUAUGGUUUUUAUGCACAGGAUUAACAUUAACAGUAUGCCGGACUAGAUCACUUGUGCCAGAGGUAUGACUACACUCUGGCACAUAAGUAGUAAUAUCUCUGUUUAGGCAGCAUUUUAAAGCUAAAACACUGCACACGCAGACUGCUUGCACCAUGACCACUUUUAAAAAGCAGAAACGGUCAUGGUAGUGGAGUAACCCUUUAAUUUUUUUCAGCAUGCACACGGCCUCAUCUUUGUGAUAGACUGUACAUUUCACUUUACAAUAUAAAGGUGCAGAAUGCUUGCAAUAAGGGACCUGUUUAGACAGGUUGUCAAAAUGCCCACAGCAUAAUGAUUUACCAUUAAAACUAUCUUAAACAUAUGAACUAUUCAGAUGUUAUACUCUCUGGAUUCAGGUGACAGGUCUCCUUUAAUUUCAGCUGUUGCUGGCUAAGCAAUCUGCAUUACACAAAUACUUGAGAAUUCUCCUGGGGAGUUUUGGUAUGCUUGUUUAGCAUCACACAUGCAGCAUCUACUCUUGCAAAUCUGUAUUUUUGUCUGUGUUGGGGUUCCUAUUCAUUUUAUGCGUAGGAACUAGCCAAGCGCUGAAUUUAGGGCUACAUGGACCUGGGUUAGAAAGUAUAUUGUGUAACGUUUUGAAAACACAACUUUGAUCCAGUUGUCCCUCCUGUGUGAUUGCAGUAUGAUUGCAGAGUUACAUAUCUGGUUUUAUGGCUGCACAUUGUCUGGAAAGCAGUUGAUGAAUGUAAAAGACAAUUCCAAAACAUAACGAAUGGAGCAGGGAAUAAAUGGGAAAAAAUGUAAAUUUAUAUUGUAGCUGCUUUGGGCCUAUUUCCAAGCACAAGCCUAGAGCUGCCACUAUGAUAGCCCCUGUUAAUAUUAAUCUUGCCUGAUCAGGCUCUCGAUUAGCCCUUUCAACUUGUGAAUGGAAAGACCUAAUAAAUCCCCCUAAUAAUGGAUGUAGGUGUGCUUGUGUGAUUUUUUUUUUUUUUGGCCAAAGAAUCAUAAUUCUAUUGGUCCUGUUCACUCACUGUGUCUAAGUAAGUGGUGAAAAGAGCUGGGUGUUUUGUUGUGGAGUUUAGUGAUUAGUGAACAUAAGCAAUUUUAUUGUUAUGUACUCUUUAAAACAAGAAUGCGUUUGUAGCUGGAGGCAAUAUCCCUCCUUUUACCUAAGUCCUGCACUACCACACGAUGGUCUAUGCUGUCAAGCAGUGCAGCGUUUUUAACAUCUGUUGCUGACCCAGACGAUCAUGCAUUAAAUGUACCAGCAGGGUUAAAUUCCUGCUGGUACCAAAGAGCCCCAUGUAUAAUCAUCAUGACAUUACCAGAAGGGUUAAACUCCAUAUAUGCAGCAUUUCAAAAUUAAACACUGCACAUACAGACUUCUGGCACCAUGACUUCUUCAAGACACUGACGUGGUCAUGUUGCUUGGAGUAAACCUUUAAUACACUACUUUAAAAAAAAAAAAACAUAACCACAAUAGUGCCCUGGCCCAAGAAUAAGAGCUGGGAUAAUUGAUUGAGAACAAUCAGCUAAUACCAAUACCAAUACCAGAAGACAGGAGGCAGGGAGCACUGCUCAGUGGACCCCAGGUAAAUUGUGAAAGAGUUAGCAAAUGGUUGACUAUCAAAUCGUCAUGCUUGCCACUUUUCUGAGCGCUGCCUCUAGCAUCCUAACAGAAACAACAUCUUUAUAAGGUUACUGGUAUUAUUUGCCUAUAUAUUUGGCACUUACCCCUAAUUUUUUUUCAAAUGCAAUUCACUUUUGUAAACUGGUACUAAAUUGUCCCUUUGCCAGAAAUUGCCAUCUGAGUGCAUAUUACAUGCAAAUAACAUUGCCUAGUCUAGUGUUACACUUUUGAGUAGUUCGGUAUGAAUGGGGACACAAUCAGGCAUGUUUAUUAUUAUUAUUUUAUUAUUUAUAUAGCGCCAUCAGACUCCGUUUAAAUGUUAUCUUUAUGCUCUCCUGCCACAAACAAGCACUUGAACGGUCAAACUUGCAAAUGGGUACACUGUUAUAAUUCAUCUUAUAUUCCAUGGCAGCACUAGUUUAAAGAUGUUAUUAUAUAAUGAACACAUGCUGAUAUUUUGUCUGUUUGCUCUCUGGUACUGGGUGAUCUACAUCUGCCCUCCCCAUGCUGCUGUCAUAUUUUAAUUUAGUCUUGUUUAGUACCUCCACCCAGCAGAAUUACAUGGAAAUUGGGUGACAUUUCUCAACAGGUCUUCUUCCCCCCACAAUGUAUCUGCUACUACCCAACUAGAUUCCUCCCAAUUAUCAUUUAGAAGGAUAACCUGUCUUUCAUCUACCAAUCCCUCAGCUCCUCUUUGCAUUCCUCCUUUCCUGUUUGAAUUCCUGUUUACUAUUAGCUUAGUCUGUUUGGGGUGUCUGAAUGUAUCACUAAACUUCACUGGAAUAAAUCCUUCAGUAAUGUGGGAUUUGCAUUAGAGCUUCACAUCAGUAAAACUCCCAGUAAAAUGCAAAUGUGUAUCACAGUCGAGAUCCAUGGCAGUAAAACUCCCAGUAAUGUGCUUUGGGUAAGAGUAUCUCACUCAGUCCAGCAGCAAUUAUACUGUAAUGUGUAUUUGGGUAGGUAUUUAUAACAGAGUCCUGUACAUACAAAAUAUAUAGUAAGCACUCAGCUAUAAUUCAGGUCAGCAAGUGUGACAUGCACUAAUUGAAACAGGGUGCUAGAAAUUGAAAAAAUCUUUUUAAUAUAUCAAGACCAAACAUAAGAAUUAUAAGAAACCCAUAGCACACCAAUUUAUGUCAAAAGAAAAGAUUUUAUUUGAUAUAUUUAAUACACCAGAUAGUUAAUAUACAAUACAAAGUGCAUAAACAAAAAGUGCAUAAUAGACACAUGUAUACACCAUUCACAAAUAUCAAUAAAGUGCAAAAUGGUUACCCAUUAGAUAUGCUAUCAAAUGUACGGACAUAGGGCUGGAGGCCAAAACGUUUCAGCUGUUUUUUCAGGGGAUCUCAGUAGCCUAUGGCUCCAGGUAUUGUAUAUACCUAAGUAAAAAAUAAAGUGCUCACCCACUAAAAACAAUUGAAUUCUCUGAUAGGGACUAGUGAAAAUAGAGAUUCAUUCCCUACAGCCAGCCCUAGGUCAGUACAUUUAAUAGCAUAUUUAAUGGGUAACCAUUUUUCACUUUAUUGAUAUGGGAAUAAACCUAGGACCCCCAAUAAUAUUAAAUAAACCCUAAAAGAACCUCUAAUUUGCAUGGUUGCAGGUGGUAUACAUGCUUUAAUUGCAGACCAACCACUUCUCUCAAAAUCUUUUGUUAAUAUUUUCUUGUAUUCCUUCAUAAAGCAUAAGUAUGUAUUACAUUUAUUUCUCAUGAAGCUCUUUUAUGAUAUGUUUAUCCUAUCUAAACAUAUACAUUUAACUGUGUAACUGUUUGAUCCCUGCACAGAUAUGGAAAACUUAUUUUACAUCUUCAAAGGUCGUCAGUUCUGGACGGUCAGCUUGAAUGGGAAUGUCUCUGAGCCCCAUAUUCUAAAACACAGGUGGAAAAGGCCACCAGCCUAUGUUGAAGCUGCAGCUGUGUCUGGUUCAGAUGGCAAAUUCUACUUCUUCAAAGGUGAUGGACCUCAUAAAUAUUCCAUGUGGUUUUAUCUUUGCAAAUCUCUCACUAUAUAUAUAUAUAUAUAUAUAUAUAUAUAUAUAUAUAUAUAUAUACACUUAUAUCUAUUUGUGAUCAGGAACAAUAAGCCGAGUUAUGUAACGGUGGUGUAAGUCAGUUGUGGUGUGCCAAAACCAACGUUUGGGUAGGCCUGUAAAAAGAGGGCUUACCAAGUGAAUGCUUUAAUAAAGGGAGCUGUUGGUUCGCUGAGCCAGGCGGUGUCGACCCUGUGGAAGGGGCGGCCAGAGAAUUUAUAGGCCGGUUAACCCCUCCCACAACUACAGGCUUUGCUUAUGGCUCAACUUUCUCAUAUGUACAAGUCCCAGCUCUGGCACUCACCCACAUCCAAAAGCUCAAAAAUCAUAAUGAAUUAGCAAUCAACUGGGUGCCAGCACCAAUAUACACUGUAAAGACAGGAGCACUCUCUGGGACUUUUCCAAAUAAUGUAUUCAAACAAUCAACAUUUCGAACCCUCCUGGGUCCUGAUCUUGAUAAAGAGGGUCAAAAUGUUGAUUGUUUGAAUACAUUAUUUGGAAAAUUCCCAGAGAGUACGCCUGUCUUUACUUCAGUGUAUAUCUAUCUAUUCAUCUAUGGUAAUAUGUAUAAAUACAUUGCUUAAGAGGGCCCAGGGUUAGUGGGGCUUAGAGUUACUUUGUGUUUGAAGGAAUUUAGACUUAGGGGUACCUGUUAGAAUUAUGCAUCGCAAAAAGAUCAGUUUUGGUCGAAUCCGUUUGUCCUGAAAAAUUUUUUUGUUCGGAUGGACAAAAAUUCAGCCAUGCUUCAGGUGGAAUUUUGACCAUGCAAUCAUUUUGAUAAAAAUUGUUUGGACACUUAUUAAGCUUUGCUUUUCUCUGUGUACCUUAGGAAUACUUCCCACCCCAUUAUUUUCUGCUGGUAUUUGGGGUUAUCCCCCCCCAAAAUCUCCUCCCCCUCCCCACCCACUUUCAAAUGUUUUGAGUAUUUUCUGACAUGGCCUACUUCAGUGGGUGACAGCCUCUCAUUUUGUUACCAGGAGAGGCAAGAGGUACAUAGCCUACCAACCCCAUCAGGUGCUACCUGCUCUGCUCCAGCUUUACCCUUUAGAGGUGGUAGGCUUAGUUAAUAUUUGUUCUAAUUUUCUUUAUUAUUCGUUAUUAUUAUAAAAUCUCUUAAUCCCAUAAUCCUAGUUUUGCUUAUAGUGGCUCACCACGCUUGAAAUUCAUUGAUGUAUAGGUUGUAUUUGCUUAUUUUCGUGUGAGCUUCUUGUACAACCAUGUGGUUAAAGAAUAAAGAAAGAUGGACAAAAACAUUUUUUGGGCAAACCAAUAGAGUACAAAAAUUGGCCAAAUAGUGAACUGCUAAAUAUAUAAAUAAGAGAAAUAAAAACACCAAUGGGUUCAUAUUCCGCCCAUCUAAAAAUCAAGUGAGAAGUAACCAACAGAGGUAAAAAAAAAGGAGGUGCAGUUAAAAGAAAAAUCUAUAUUUAUAUAUUAUGUAUUUAUAAACUAUAUAAUAUAUAAAUAUAGAUUUUUUUUUCCCCCUCUUGGUCACUUAUUACUUGAUCUGUGAAUAAAAUCAUUGUUUAGUGGUGGUACCCUAACAUACCACUCAUCUUUUUUUCCCAUCAGUCAUCCCUUUUUUGGUGCCCCGGACAGCGCUCUUGUUCACAAAUCACAUUAAACUGUUUGUCCAUUAUCCAUGUCAUUAGUUUUGUGAUACGUCCAUGUGGACUCUAUAUUUGGAGUUAUGGAAUUUGGAUUACGUACCAAUCGCCCCAAAUUCAUAAAAAUUGCAGUUUGAAAAUGAAUGCACAAGUCCAGUCCCUGUCUGCCAGCUACGGUUAAUUAUUCUCGUAAUUCAAUGCUAUGAUAGAAUGCAGCAUUAUGGGGACAUUGCAAACUCAAAAUAACCCUAACUCAACCCUAAGGAUGCAGGAUUCAUCUAUGUGGGCUAAACUACCCUUUGUUAUUACAUAAAUGCGAGCAGCAAUGGACCCUCCCUGUAUUGAUGACUGUUGUCAUAAUGCUACUACACUUGUUUCAGAGCUGCUAGCUUAUGGCGUCAGUAUAGUAACUGACAUCAUUUUUCUAAAUCUACAUUUUCAUGAUGAUAAACCCACAUGUUUUGGUAAAAGGGGACCUUUAUGGCUAUCCCAUGCCUUGUAUGGAAAUUAGCAGUUAAGAAAAAAAAAAAGAAGACACACAUCGUAGAGCAGAUAGUAGUAUUAUUAUUAUUAUCAUUAUUAUUGCUAUUUAUAAGUAAGGGAGCGUUUGUCACAGUAAAGUUGGAAGACAGUUUUUCAUUUCAGCAGCUUGAUGAGCAUUCUAUUAGCAGACAGUCCCUUGGAAUAUAACAGCUGUGAGGAAUUAAUGCUGGAGGCAAAACCAGAUAACUCAGCUUGUAAUUCAUGGUGACUGUAACAAAUAGCUCAUUUUCUGAUGGUAAAUGCUGUUAGCAAUUAGGAUUGGUUCCCAUGACAUUUCCUGUUUAGUUCCAUGGUGUCAGAGCAUAGAGAAAGAGAGACACAGUAAACAAUAUGUGUGGUCAGUCUCCCUUGACUGUCAGUGAUUUAAUCUGACGUGACCUCUGUGGGUUUGUUUUACCGACACAAAAUUAUUAAUAUUUUAAAAAACAUUGCAACUCACUAUUAAACACUCUCUGUGACUUUAUUCUAAGAACAAAUCUUACAAGCUCUCUCUGAAGCCAUAUGCAGUAAUAUAGAAACGAGUACAUACAGACGUGUUCCUGUAUGUAAAAUGGUGGAACUGGGCACGCCUCCCAGCAGCCCCAGCCCUCAGGGACCGAUCCAUCAUCCACACCAGCUCUCCAGGUGUGUGAAUGGGGGCGGAGCCAGCUGCCUAAGCGAAUGGACGCGUCCUGCAGGAGCUCCGACUUCACAACAGCCAAAAGAGCCAAAAAAACAAGUUUUGCCCUGAAAAUCUGGUUACAGCUUGUAACCACGAUGGGGCGCAAAUCAAAAAAAUAUCGGGCUGAUAAACCCCUGACAACCGCCAUAUCGGCGAUCUCCUUUGGAGGCCUCAGGGCUCCAUGAGGCCUGACAUGGCGCCUCUCACAGAUGGGCCGUCGUGCUCAUCCAGCGAAGCUUCCCUAACCGAUCUGAGAGACCUGGAGGCACCGGUACACAGUAAGAGACUUGACAAACGGUCUGACCGACGACCUUGGGAACCGGUGAGAACACCCUAAAGUCCCUCCUAGACGAACUACGUCGUAACAUUGCCACAGACAUCUCCACAUUCCGGGAUGAAAUUAAAGGAGUCUCAGCCCGCCUCCAUGACACGGAGGUAACAACUGCAGGCCACGAGACAAGGCUCGUAACACUUGAGCGAGAACUCGCCGCCCUGAAAGGUGAACAAGCUAAGAUUCAGCACCGCAUGGCCGCAGCAGAGGAUAGGAGGCGCUGGAAAAAUGUAAAGAUCCGCGGCCUACCUGACACAGUUACCACAGCGGAACUGCCUCACCUAAUCCGGAGGCUCCUAACCCAAUUAUUUUCAGCCAAACAAGCCAAAACAAUGCACUUAGACGGCAGCUACAGACUCCCAGCGCCACCUGCAAAUGCCACAGGAGGGUAUCGGGAUGUCAUAAUCCGCUUUAGAAACAGCCUUGACAAACAGGCGUUCAUGGCGGCCACUCGUAACAAAUCGCCCUUCUCUUUUGAGGAACACCAACUGACUUUCUUUCCGGACCUCUCUAGAGAAACUUAGAGUGGAGGAGAUCCCUGAAACCACUAACGUCAACACUCACAAAAUUCCAGGUGCAUUACAGGUGGGGAACGCCAAGGAGCCUUCUGAUCGCCCAAGAAUCCGGGACAAUGAAAGUACUAGGGGCGGAAGAAAUACCCAGCACGCUGCAGACCCUUGGGCUUCCAACCACUCCGGAGGGAUCGCCUGAGACCCCGAAAGGGUCCGCCCGUUUGUUCCUGCUGCUAUGCGGGAAGAUCCCGCCACAACUGCUGUGCCCUGAACAGCCAUGGACUGAAACCAGUGACUUUACUUUAUUCUUCUAUAUGAUGUUGCCUGCUAUAUGGCUUACACUGCUUUCGCUCUUUUUGCCUUGCUCUGUUUUUUGAUGUUUUUUGAUGUUUACCUCUCACACUGACACAAAUACCAUACUCCUAGGGACGCAUCCCCUUACCUUCAGAUGCAUGCUGACAUAGGGAGUACACUCCCGCUGUUACCCCCCUCCCCCCCACUCACCUACUUCUGUCUAGCAGCACUAACACAUAAUUGGAGUGAGUGCCGACCUCUUGCCACUCAGCGGACACGCAACUAUACUUUCAAACACCGCAAGAGGAACGAGACCCGCGAAACCCCCUAGCUACUGACCAUACUCAACCGCCCUUUCCACAGGGAUCGCGAGUCCAGUGUCCACUACUCUCUAACUACUUACCAAAAUCUUUCACUAUAUUAAACCCUCAUCCACAAACACACACGACCGCCCACACAUAGGAUUGCGAUAUCCAUUGAACAUUCGCACUAGAGCAUUCUCACUCCUGAACACCAUAGUGGAUUAACCUGCUGAUAACGAUAUCACAAAAUAACAAUAAAAUUGUGCUGAUAUAUGCUACAGUAUGCCACUCUAAUGUUAUAAAAUGUUAUGAUGUGCAACGCAGCUGCUGUUGUGGCACUGCCUGCAAUGAUGUUUAAACCUGCACUUCUAAAAUAAAGAAUAAAAAAAAAAAAAAAUGGUGGAACUGGGACACAAUUAUUUUUCCUUCAUACGUGUAAAGUUAUUUCUGUCAGAAAAAAGAAACACGUUCGGAAACAAAGAUGUAACAAAGUAUACAAUUGACUUAAUUCAUUCUAUUAUUAUUGAUAAUAAGCAAAGUUGUGAUAUUUAUUUUUAAAUUCACUCCAGAUUAUUAUUAUCUAUAUAUCAGCAAUAUAUUAUGUAGUGCUGCACAAUUUCUAUUCUCAGUUAUUUUAUCUGAUAUUACCGCUGGGUCUGGUCAAGUGAUGCUGAGACUCUGUGAGAGUCUGUGCUUAAAUGUAAUAUUUCUCAUAGUGAUCCUAACAUUAACAUUGUUAAUUAGUGGGGCUAUUUGAAGUGAAACUUUACUGCCACCCCUCCCCUACCCAAAAAUAAAUCACUGUUUAGUAGAUACACCCAAAUUAAAUGAUGCAUUCAUUUAAUUAUGCAUAUUUUUUAAUUGAGGGUACAUCAAAAACCAAAAACAGCUUACAAAAGUUGCAGAUCUCUUGUCUGUAGGCUUUGCGAGCCCUCCCUUUCUUCGCCCGCCCAGACUUUAUGUGGCUGUCCAAUCACAGACUUCCCAAUGCAGUUCAAUGAGGAGUCUUUGCAAGGCAGGUGCUCUGAGCAAUUGCUGCCUCUUGAGUUUAGCUUUACUGAGCUAACCAAACCAAGAAGUAACGAAGUGGUUAUUUGAAAGCCAGGGUGUGUAACAAGGUAAAUUUACAAAAGUGUCAUUCAAUAUGUUUAUAUAUCUAUUUACUUGAUUAUGUAUACUGUAUUUAUAUUUGGGGGAGUUCAUUUUUAUUGUACUAAAAGUAUGUGAAAUAACAAUGUAUCCAUAUGUGGUAUUAUUCAAUAAUAAUACAGAAUAUUUCAGGAAAGGAAUUUUAAAAAUCCAUAGAACUGCAUUAGAGGAUUAUUGUUACUUAUUUUACAAAACGUUCAGUGAUUCAAGCUUUCUAGUGACAGGCUAAACCACUAAAUACUUAAUAUUUUAAUUAGGGUUCACAUAACUAACUCUUCAUUAUGUCACUCAGUGCUAAUUCUCAUUCAUGGAUUUUUCCCUGAUAGGAAAAUACAAAAUCAGCCUUUGAGGGAUGAAACCUUUAACUCUGCUAACUAUGUAAUUAACUUUUCAUUUUUAAACAUUAACUUUAAAGGCUUGUUUUCUGUUGCUCAUCUGAUGUGUGGGGACUUGACUUGUGCAACUAAGCAAUGACAACUGUUUGUAGACAAAACACACAGCAGAUUGGCCACUAUUAGAUAUGAUGGCAAAUCCAGACAGACUAGUGUCCCCGAAAUAGAUAUCUGAAACAGAUGUACUUAACCGAGACACAUUGAUAUAACUAAACAAAACACAGCACGUGCGGCUCACCAAAAUACUGUCUUGUGUAUCUCUCAAUCUGUCUGUCAUAUAGUGCAAUGUUUAGGUUACGGUACAUUUUAUGGAUAAAGAUCUUUGCUCCAUAAGUCGGACAUAUUUGUCCCUCCCUCCCAUCAUGCAGUGUUUGCAUUUUUGCUUUGCUGACACAACUAGUUUAUGUCACUAGGAAGCACAGUAAAUGUUCUGGAAGUUGGAGUUCCACUAACUGCUUUCUUGAGAAGAGUUCAGAUUCCUGACUUACAACUCCUAGAAGCCCAUGCUCUGCCCCCGAGGCUCUGCUGUGAAAGAGUUUAUGGGAUAAAUUCAGCAUAUACAACAGAAGGUCACUAGAACACACUCAGAAGCUGGUACCUGUCUUGUUAAUGCUACAAAACCUGUUAAUCCUGGGGAUUUGUUGCAACUGUAGCAACUUCCAAUGCAUGUGUCUUUUCUUUUUUUUUUUUUUUAUCAUUUAUUGUUUUAUAUUAUACUAUUUGCUAUUACUAUUUAUCUGAAUUAUAAUGCAUAUAUAGAAUGGGUUAAUUCCAGGUCAGAUUGCACCUUUAAAGCACUCAGGGGGACAAUUGAAGAUUAUGCUAGCGUUAGUGUACUUAUAAUCUUAAUUUUAGUAAUGACAGGAGGCGAGUAUUUUGCAUAUAACUCUCUUUACUAACUCCACAUAGCAGUAAAGAAAAAAGUGAAAACGAUAACCAAUCAAAAUGCAAUAUGCUGUAUGGUAUUCACAGUGAUGAGGCUCCUCCCCCUCUUUCGGAAGCGACAUCAGGCAAAACUCAAGAAACAAUAACGUCCAAACAUGUAUAACGUGCACCAACGUGUGAUUCCCAUCGACAAAACAGACUUUCACGGGGUGCGAACUGAUUCAGAGUGUCCUGCAACGUGCAGCGGUUGAUGUGUCCCAUUAACGAGGCUCCAGGAGCUGAAGGAUGAUUCAACUGUGUCCACUCUGAGAAGGAUCUGUGAACAUCGUGGAUUUAAACUGAAACGAGAACGUGAAACGGAUUAGGCACCGAUCUUUCAACUGGUUGCAGUAUCGACCCCACAUAAUAAAGCAAUAUGAGACCCCCUGGUUAAAAGGUUAAUGCAUAAUAACCUGAACAUAACAGAUCCCAAACCAAGAGGAGACGAAGGUAUAGAUACCAGAUAAGACAACGGGAUAUAGAAAUAUACUUACGUGCAUCCACUCUUCCCAAGGGAGGGAAAGGGUGGGAAAAUACUCGCCUCCUGUCAUUACUAAAAUUAAGAUUAUAAGUACACUAACGCUAGCAUAAUCUUCAAUUUUACCACAUGACAGGAGGCUUCCUAUUUUGCAUUUUUUAACGCUGAUGUAGAAGAGACAUAGCCGCACCUGAACUCGGGCGAAAGUAGAAUGUCCGAAAGGUAGAUUCCCUCGACCAGUCAGCUGACCGAAGGAUAUCCGCCAGGGACGCGCCUGCCGAGAAAGCCGAGGAGGCCGCCGCCCCGCGCACUGAGUGUGCACCGAAAUUAGCAUCCACACCCGCCAGAGAUAGGAUCCAUCGUACCCAUCUGGCGAGUGUGGUAGUCGAAACGGGAACGUGUGGCCUGACAUAGGAUACUAAUAACUGUCCCGAGGCAGAGGCCCGAAGCAAGGCAGUGGUCUCCACGUACUGAUGCAGGGUAGAGACGACGCAUAGCUGCGGUUCAGUAGCGAAGAAGGGAUAAAAGACCGACGUAGAGUCCGAUUUGGUACGUCGUGAUACGCGGAAGGUAACUCCCUCAGGGGACACCGAAAAGGCAUUGAUGUCGAAAGCACGCACGUCCGAAACCCGACGGAAGGAAACGAGGCAAAGUAAGAGGGUCAGUUUGGCCGAGAGUUGUCUGAGAGACAGUCUGUCAUUAGUCGGCCAAUCUCUCAGAAACCGUAGGACCACCUCCACGUCCCACAUGUGGGAGUACUUAGGUCCUGGUGGUCUCUGUAAUCGGAUACCCCUCAGGAGACGGCAUACCAGAGGGUCCUUCCCAACGGGAAUACCUAAGUUCGGGACGUGAGCCGCCGAAAUCGCCGAGCGCACGACGUUAAGCGAGCGGUAGGAGCGACCCGUAGAGAAAAGGUGUGAAAGAAAAUUCAGAAUGGCUGUUACAGGUGCCGUAAAUGGAUCGAAGUUCCGUAUACUGCACCAAGAGGCCCAGGAGCUCCAAGCUGAUAGAUAGCAUCGUCUGGUCCCAGGUGCCCAGGAAUCCCAUAUGAGGUCUCUAGCCGUUUGCGAUAAAUCGCAGGUUUGCCAGGCUCCCCUGAAAGCGUCCAAGCCACCAGGGUGAGGCGAUCUUCGAGGAUGAGAGGAUGGGGGUUCCCCUUCGGAUCCGUGAGGAGCAUCGGAUAGGAUGGUAUGAGAAGUGGAUCGGCGUAGGACAGUGCCAGGAGGUCCGGAAACCAUGGUUGGCCCCGCCAUAGGGGAGCGAUGAGGACUAGAGAUCCGUGUUGAUUCUUCAGGUAUUGAAUCGUCCUCGCUAUCAUGGCGAACGGGGGAAAGGCAUAUGCUCCCUCGGUUGGCCAUGAUUGGAGAAAUGCGUCCACCGCCGCGCUCUCCGGGUCCGGGAGCCAACUGAAGUAGUUGAGUGUCUGUCUGUUGUUGCGAGAUGCGAACAGAUCCAGUUGGAGGGGACCUCUCCUGCUCAAGAGGCGUUGGAAGACCUGAGGAUCCAGUCUCCAGUCGCUGCUGUCCCGCCAAUGGCGUGAAAACCAAUCUGCCGUCAGAUUUGUCUCCCCCGGAAGGUAUUCCGCCUUGAGGGAGAUGUUGCGGGGCAAGCAGAAGUUGAAAAUCUCCUUCGUUAUUUCGGAUAACAGUCGGGACCGAGCUCCGCCCAGGCGGUUGAUGUAUCGAACCGUGGAGACGUUGUCCAUCCGGAGGAGGAUGCAACAGUUCGAUCUGUCCUUUGCUAAGCUGCGAAUCGCGAAUGAGCCUGCUAGGAGUUCUAGGCAGUUUAUGUGUAGGUCGAUUUCCUGAGAAGUCCAGGCGCCUCCUGUCGACUUGCCUUCGCCCGUCGCGCCCCAGCCCCAAAGGCUGGCGUCCGAUUCCAGAACUAUGUCGGGCGAACUCCCGAAGAUGGCUCGGCCGUUCCAUGCCUCCAUGCUGUCUAGCCACCAUCUGAAUUCCUCCUUUACCUCCUCCGUAAUCGGGAUAGUUUGGUCGUAAGACGGGUUCCGGUGCAGGAAGGAGGUCUUCAGGCGUUGCAUUGCUCUGUAGUGCAGGGGUCCCGGGAAUAUGGCCUGUAUGGACGCGGAUAGUAGUCCCACAAUCCGGGCCAGAUUGCGGAGCGGAAUGGAUUGGCAGCGAAUGACUCUGCGUAAUUCUUUUUUGAUGGCCGCGAUCUUUGUCGUCGGCAGGCGUAACGUGCUGGACUUGGAGUCUAUUUCGAAGCCCAAAAACUGCACCGUCUGAGCUGGAGACAUUUCUGACUUCAGGAAAUUGACCACGAAGCCCAGUGAUGUCAGGAAGUUUACGGUAAAUUGUGUGUGUUGAGUCAGUCUGGACUUGUCUGAGCAGAAUAGAAGCAGGUCGUCCAGGUAAAUAAUGCAACGAAUCCCUCGUGCUCGAAGAUGUGCGACUACUGGCUUCAUUAAUUUGGUGAAGCACCACGGGGCUGAACUGAGUCCAAAGGGAAGGCACGUGAAUUGCCAAGGCCGGUCUUGCCACCGAAAUCUGAGGAAUCGGCGGUAGUCGAUGUGGACGGGUACCGAGAGGUACGCGUCCUUGAGGUCCAGUCUCGUGAACCAGUCCCCGUCUUGGAGGAGGUCCCUCAGAAGAUGUAUGCCCUCCAUCUUGAAGUGCCUGUAUACGACGAAUGCGUUGAGGCCUUUCAGGUUUAUGACCGGACGGAAUUCCCCGGUCUUCUUCUUUACCAGAAAGAUGUUGCUGAAAAAUCCCCCCUGAUCGUGAGCGGGUUCUAUCGCCCCUUUCGAUUGGAGUUCCUCCAACUCGAUUUGUAUGAGUCGAUGGUCUUCCGAGGAACAUGUCCCGGGGUAAGGAGGUACCGUUUGGUUCGGGUGGCCCACGAAGUCUAUGACGUAGCCCUGUACGGUUUGCAGGAUCCAUGCGUCCGUCGAAAUGGUUGUCCAAUUCUGAAAAUAGAGAGCAAUACGACCUGCCGUUUGUGAAGUAAGGGGUACGUGAGUCACAUAUCGGCUUACCUGUGGGGGUGAAGCGUGCUCUGCCACGGCCCCUUGAACCACGACCUCGGUCGGCUCCCCUGGUGUAGGAGAAAGGCUGUCUGUAGCCAACUUCCGGGUAGAAUGGUUGAGGUCUUUGUGAGCGGGGGCCUGAAGGCCAAAAGCGGCUGGCUGCACGGCCCCUGUAGCGGCCAGCCCGUCCAAAAACGCCCCGGUUAGGGUUAUUCCUGAAGACCCGCUUCAUGGUGGUCUGAGCUUUGUUAAGCGACGUGAACAUGUUCACGUGUCUGUUCAGGUCCUUCAGGAAAGCAUCCCCGAACAGCUUGCCCUGUGCCAGUGGUCCUAAUUCUCUGGUGCCCAAAUCCACCAGCUUUCCGUGUAAGGGAGUAAUGCUGCUUUCCUCCUCUCAGAGGAGAGGGCCACGUUGGCAUUGCCAACAAAACAAAAACAGCGUUGCGCCCAUUCUCUUACGUCGUGAGCCCAUUCACGUACCAUGUUGGUAUCAAACUGUUCAGCUCGGGUGAGGGCGUCAUCCGCCAAGUACAUGAUGCGGGAGAGGGGGCCGAUCGCAUCCAGCAACUUGUCUUGUGCGCUAUGGAAACCCUUCUCCACCCCUUUACGGGGAUCCCGACCACCCCGAGACAUAAAGGUGGUCAUGACCUGGUCGAAUUCUGGGGUCUGAGCCACUUGAUCUGGUAGUGAGGGGCGAGGACAUUCGGAACGCAAGCGGUUGCGGACCGUCUUAUCCAAUGGUUUGCGUAGCCACUUGUGCAUGAACCUCGCCAGGUGUUCGGGGGGUGUCCAGUCCCCUGAACGCGGGUGUCGAAUGUUCCGUGGGUCGAAUAAUCGCUGGCCCGAGGGGUCCAGGAUGGUUUCGCCUUCGUCCUGCGUUUGUGCCGGGUCGUCCGGCAGUUGAAUGUUGUCUAGGAAGGUGCCCUGUAGGAAACCAGGGCGUGACUCAUCUUCCGAGUCCCAGGCGUUUUCCUCUUGGGAAUCGGAAUCCAUGGCCUGCCAUGAGUCCAAAAUCGCCAUGGGUGGUGAGUGUCUCCCCUCCUCGUCUGAGGAGUAAUUGCGUCCUGGGGAAGUGACAGCCGGAGCUGGCUUACGCCUUUUCAUAGGGGUCUUGCCCUUGUCGGGGUUGGCGUUCCCCUUUUCGCCCUUCCAGUGGCGUUUAGAGGGCCGAGUAUCGGCUUGUGUGUGUGAUUCCGAAGCCUCGGAAUCGUAGUCCUGUUGCUGGACCUUAGCAGGGAUUUUCUGUUCGGCAGAGGCCGUCAGAACCCUGGAGAGUGCCUUCUCCAUCGAGGCCGCUAUAGCCUCACUGAUCAUAUUUUGAAAUUCAGCAGUGUUUUGAGAAGAAUCCAUGAUGAAAAUAUUGACCACAAAAUUUUUUUACUUGGCACAGGGCGCAGAUAGGGUCAGGGGUCAGUCUGUAUUAAUAAUGGUACCAGCAGUACCAGUUCAACCCCAGCAGGGCGAAUAAUAAUUACGUGCAGUGGUACCGGCAGUACCAAAACCCCCAGCAGGGUGUAAUAAUAAAAGACUCAGGUAAAAGCACGUGGUACCAGCAGUACCUGUAACCCCAGCAGGGUAUAUUUGUUUUUUUUUUUUUGUUUUUUUUUCACUGGGCCGCACCCAGGUAUAUGGAGGAUGUAUAGUCACACCUCAUAAGCAGCAUAAAUAUUAGGGGCCGUACCCCAAGAGCACAGGGUAUUGCAACCCUAUUGUGCUUUAGUACACAGACUGAAUUAACUGACCUUGUGACCCCUGCCUUCAACACACUUGCUAGAAGAAUGUCUGGGACGUGUUUGAGGGUGACCGGGUGUAAGUAGGAGCCAGGCACUGUCUGCAAGUGGCUCGGUGGGGCUUAAAAUUGCGGCCGUGGAUCUCGCGAGAUGCGAGAUCCAAGAUGGCCGGCGCCGGGAGCGAAAAUCCCGUGAGCGCCGGUCGGGAUGUGCGCGGUCGAGAGACCGCGGGGUGAGGGUGGAUGAAAGGGGUGAGCGUUACCCCAAAGGUGUCCUGGAAUGAGCAAUCCGCCGUUUGGGCGGCGGAUAGCUCGAGAAAAACGGUCGCCAAGCCGGCGGAGGAAAGAACCUAGAAAAAGGGCCCCACAGAUAAGGGGAGACAGAGAAUACAGGGACAGGAGUCCCUGUGGAAAGAGAUAAAGAGCAGAAUAUAGGAUAGGAUGCAAUAGUCAUAUAAAUAACAUUAAGUUAAAGUUAAAGGUACAAUAUAUUUAGUCAAACAAACAGUAAUGAAGAGGAAGAGCUGAAACUCUGACCUGUCUGCUGAUGGAGCAGUAAAGAAAGAGGGGGAGGAGCCUCAUCACUGUGAAUACCAUACAGCAUAUUGCAUUUUGAUUGGUUAUCGUUUUCACUUUUUUCUUUACUGCUAUGUGGAGUUAGUAAAGAGAGUUAUAUGCAAAAUAGGAAGCCUCCUGUCAUGUGGUAAAAUUGCAUCCACUACCAGUCCUCAUCUCCUUGUGUCAGUUCCUAAUUGUCACAUUAAAGAAACAAUCCAGGCCCUAUAGGAACGUAAUUUCAACCACAUGGAGUUAGACUGUUUUCCAGUAGUUUAAUCCAAAAGUUGUCUUCACAGCACCCAUCUGCCCAUCAUGCGCUUUGCUUCCUCCUCUGAUCCCAGCACUGCUAUGCAUGUUUUUCCCUUCAGCCCUGGUGAUAAACUGUGAGCAUCAGCUGAUGCUGUCAGCCUAUCACUGACCACCCAGAGCAAGGAAUGAUCUAGAAAGUAACAUACACUGUGAAGGAAGGGCAGUUCCAGAACCAAAUCUCAGGAGGCUCACUGGUGGUGGGCUUUAGCAGCAGGAUAGGGGGCUGUAGUGUAUGGAUAGGGGGCUGCCACACACACAGAUGCACACACACAGAUACACACACAUACCUGCACAUACGCACAAUGGUACACACAGAUACACAUACACACUGUCACACACAUAGAUUUACAAUAAACACGGUGACACACAUACCUAUACAUACACACAUUGUCACACACUGGCACACAGAUACACACACAAAGAUACACACACUGGCACACAGAUACACACACAUACACUGGCACAUGCACAAAUACCCACACACACGCUGGCACAAACAGAUACACACACAUACACUGGCACACACGCACAUAUACACACACACUGGAACACAGAUGCAGACACACACAUACACAGUUUACACACACAUACAGAUACACACACAGAUACCUACACCGGCACACACAGGCACACCGAUACACAUUGACACUAACAGAUACACACACACAAAUACACAGUGACAUUCGCAGACACACACAAACACAACUACACACACAGAUACACACUGACACUCAAGGAUACACACGCACACAUACCUAUAUAAACACACACACUGGCACACAUACCUAUAUACACACGCAGAUAAAACACAUACACACACUGGCACACAGAUACACAUUGACACGCAGACACAGAUGCAUACAUACACACACUGGCACACAGAUACACACACAUACCUGCGCAUACACACAAACAGAUACACACAUACACACAGUGACACACACACACACAUACCUAAACAUAUACACUGGCACACGCAAAUUGCAGUUGACAUUAUUAACCACCCCCUGCUUCCAUACCUUUUGGUUGCAGGGAGAUGAACUCCUGGGGCUGGCUGAUGCUGAUGGGAGCUUGCCUGUAGAGCUCUCUGUCCUCCCUCCUCCUUUUUUCAGUACUCCCAGCCCUCCCAGUUUUUAAGCUAGGAGGAAGUAACAGUCACUUCCUCCCAGCAGUCUCUGCUCAUAUUAAGGAUACCGGAUCCGCCACUGCUAUAAGGGCAAUUUUGGGGUUAAACCCCUUAAAAACACUUAAUUCCAUAAGUUAGGAUGGCUCCCAGGACCUCAGACCCCAUAAUGGUUUAAUUUAGAUGUUAUUAGGGUGCCUGGAGUCUUCGUUUAAAUUUUCGUCUAAUUUUUUAUUUGAUAUUGUUGCAAAUAAACCUCAUUUACAAACUGUUGUCGCUACUUUUGUAGGUUCGAAAUGCUGGAGGUACAAAGAAUCUAAACUAGAGGCUGGGUUUCCUCAAAAGUGCAGUGACUAUGGUCUUCCUCAACAUCCUGAUACAGUCUUAUAUUUCCAGCCACUUGGGCACCUGGUUAUCUUCAAGGGAACAAAGUAUUAUGUGAUAAAUGAGGAAACACUGACUGUGGAGCCAUACUACCCACGCAGCUUAAAGGACUGGAAAGGCAUCCCUACUGAGACUACAGCAGUGUUGACCCAUCCAGAUGGAUCUAUCUACUUUUUUAAAGGUGAAAAGUACUGGAUGUUUGACCAGGACAAUCUGAGAGUUACUGCUUCCGGGAAAUGGGCAGAGGAUUUAUCAUGGAUUGGUUGCAAAAACUCUUGAUUAUCAAUGACUUUAUGAAUCCCAAAAAGGACUUUACAUUUACGUAGACCCAUCAUGUUUUUGCUGAUAAGUCUUUAUGGAGUAUUAUUCAUAUGUGGGAAAUGUUACUAUUCAUAAACAUGGUUUUUGCUGUAGGAUACUCAUCUCAGAAAAAAGAGUGUACACCAAGAGAAAAUCUUCUGAUUCCAUCCAUUGUUUCUAUUCUCUGAAAAUUGGAUAGGUUUCCUUUGAUGCCUUUGGGCAGACUGGGAUUCUAGUGAACCAGUACUCUGAUGCAUGUUUACAUAUGUACAUAAUCUUAUAUUGUAGUCAUAUCUGACACUGGAAAGGACUUUCUACAGUUAUUUAAGACAUUAUGAUUGGGUGUGGCUUUUAAAAAUAACCCUGAUGUAUCAUUUUUGUAUUUAAUUUGAUAUCUUUCUCAACUUCUGUGUAUUGAUUGGCUUAUUUAUGUUAUAUUUUCUCUCACUCGGUUACUGUUAAGACAUACACUGGAGUAGACUGGAGACUCGGCAGUGAAAAUAUUCAGUUUGAGUUUAUAAAUAAUGACCUCUGAUUAUCCAGUAUAUUUUAUGUGCUAGAAGAUUCCUUGCAAGAAAAUAUGCAUUUCCAUUUAAUUUAUGGAUGAAUUAUUUUCUUAAUACAUAAGCAUUUUGGCAUAUAAUUAGCUAAAAUUGAUCAAUACAUGAAUUGUGACAUUUCUACUGUAAAAAUAACCACUACACAUACUACAGUCCCUAUCCCCCCAUCACACUACAGCCACUACCCACCAUACACACUAAAACCAAUGACCACAUAAACACUAGAGUUAGUACCCCACACAUACUAGAGAAAAUGACCCCACACAUACACUACAGCCAAUAUCUCCUUACAUAUGCUACUGCCCCUUUCCCUUCACACACUACAGCUACUAUCCUCCCACAUUACAGACACUAGCACGCCCCCAGACACUACAGCUACAAUGCCCUAACACAAACUAAAGCCUUUAUCCCCCCCAAAAAGCACAGCUCUUAUACACACAGUACCCCACAAACAGCCCUGUCUGUUGUUGAGGUUGUUUGUCUUGUAAUGUCCACAUGUACACACGACAAACAACCUCACCAACACACAUGCAAGCCACAAGUAUCAUCUCGACAACAGGACUGUGCGUGUGGUCUGCAGGGGACAGCAUCAAACUGACAUGGCGAUGACAAAACAUGACCCCUCUCCACCAUGUACUUCUUAUUGGGCUGCUUUGUAAUGCCCAGGGCAAAUUGUUGUCUCAGUCUAAUCCAUGGUUGCUGAUAUAGAUGAAGAGCACAUUUGGUGAUGCAGGUAUGUGCCUAACGAGUGUGGUAAAGCAAUCGAGAGCUCAGUCUGUAGUUUAUAAAAAGUGACUGUCAGGGUUGCGUUUCAG